GCAGCUCGCAGGCAGCCGCACAGAAGGCGCUUGUUGCUUGUCCCUCUCCAGCUCCUCCUCCCGCCGCUGGAGCCACAAGCCGAACCUUUUCCAUAGGCUGCUGCUGCUGCUCUUCUGAACUGCGCUCGCCGCCUGCCAGGCCUCGGAGCCUCUCGCUCGGACCCAUCCGCCCGUCGCCACCUCUCCAAAAAGCUCCCCAGCUCCAGGGCGCACGAGGCCCGGCGCCAAAGCGCACAGACCGUCUCCUCGGUCCCCGCGCGCCCAUCCCUCUCGGAGGGCGCCGGGCUGCUCCCGCUGCCUCCCCGCCAGGCUCCGGCUUCCUGUUGGGGCUGCGCAGGAGCCGAGCCCAGCGGAGGUGGGGCCGGCCCGGCCCAGCACGCCUGGCACCGCGGAUUAUGGAGAAGCGCGCCGGUGGGGCGGAGGAGAGGCGGCGUGAGAAGGUGAGGGGCGCAACCGGGAGAGUUCUUUGGGGUGGGCGGGUGUGUUUCAAAGGGGGUGUCGGGCUUGGAAAGCCGUGGGAAUGGCAGGGCGAUCCCGGUCUCGCCGGCGCUGGUACGGCUUUCGGUUCUGAAGCGGCUUACUCGGGAGUAAGUGCCCAGGACUACUAUGGGGUUUGCGUCCAGGGAAGCUUGGUGAGACCUCGGUUCGUGGGGAAGGACACUUCGACCCGAAAUUAUUGGGCAGCGACUUCCAUUGAUUCGGAUUCCACUUCUGGGACGGGAGGAAUGCUUAGAGACGCAGCUUGACACUCCCCCCUCCCAACAUCUCUCUCUUUCAUUGCACCCCCAACAUCUCUCCCUAUUUGGGACGCUAUUCCCAAAGUUGCUUGCUCACAGCUGAGUCCUUUUUGCCUCUUUUUGCCCCUUUUUUCUUAACAGCGACUUCUCCCCCCCUUUCCCCGCCCCCAGCUGUGAUUAUUUUCCCAGAAGGGAAACCGAUUCCCAUUUUCCGCCCACCCCGGCUGUUGGAUCAAAGCCUUUGGAGGGGAAGCCGGAGAGACGACCCGGUCUAAGCUGGGCUCUCCUAAAGGUCGAGACGCUGCUCAGAGACUCAGUCUAGAAUUGGCAGCCGCAGCUGGAUAAUCGAUUUCUCCGUUUGAAUUCCGGGAUCCGCCAAUCGGCGGUUCCCUAAGUACCCUCGAUCCCACUGAGACUUGUUUUUAAAUUUGUAUUUAUUCAAAAAGCGCUUAGGACCGUGGGAGAGUAAAUCAACACUUCAGUUUGCGAGUAUAGGAUGUUGGUUUCGGUUCUGAUUAGUUGUUUUCAGUGUAAUGGCAGCGAACGCAGUCAAAAAUAUUUGUGUUCUCUCUUGUCUAUACCUGUAGACCAGCCUUUCACAACCUUGGGUCCCCAGAUAUUGUUGGACUACAACUCCCAUCAAUCCCUAACCUGCUAGUUUGGAUAUGAUAGGAGUUUUAGUCCAAGGACAACUGGGGACCCACCAUCCCUAACCACCGGUGCUGCUAGCUAGGGUUGAUGAAAGUUGUAGUCCAAAAAAAUAUGGGGACCCAAAGUUGGAAAAGGCUGCUGAAGACCCUUGCCUGGUUUCCCCCAAUCUUUUUCCCCCUUUCUUUCCCAAGUUAAGCCUUUGGGAAUAUUGGAUUUUGUUUGAGUUAUCACGGUUGUGGAUUGCAGAUGGCCUGUGAUACAUUGGAGAGAGUGAGAGGGCAAACAGUGACUCAGAGCUAUUCCUUUUCCUCUCUGGAGAGAUCAUCUGGAGGUGGUAUUGGCAGAACAUCCAGUGAAAGUAAUCCAAGGUCAUUGCCAGGAGUAUCUGGCUCCAACAGAGUUGCUUGAAAGCAAUUUUUGGCCAUUUCAGUGAACCAGUUUGUUUUAAUUGCCCAGGAAGGGUUUCAGGUAAGAGAAAAAGGCAGUUAAGCCCUGUGCCCCCAAAAGUCACCCCAAUUCCACUCCUGCAUAAGAGGUGUUGGGGUUUUCUAGAGAUGGGGGGGGGGGAGGAAUUCAAUUCACUUUGCAUUGAAAGGCAAACCAACCUAAUUCUCACUUUUCAAAACAAUAGGUGAAUUGAAACCAAAAGGCCUUUUUCGAAAAUCAACACUUUUCUGAAUUCUGCAGUGCAGCUCCCCAGCUGAGUAAUGGGUGUAGAAAUGCAGAUAUUAAAUGAAAUUGCAAACAUGCAUUUGCUUUGCUCUGCGGAAAUGGGUAUAUCGAGCAAAGUUGCACCCAUCUGUUAAUAGCAAAGGGUGGAUUUCCAUGAGGACCUACCGUAGUUUUCGCCCUAUAAGACGCACCAGACCAUAAGACGCACCCAGUUUUUGGAGGAGGAAAACAAGAAAAAAAAAUAUUCUGAAUCUCAGAAGCCAGAACAGCAAGAGAGAUCGCUGUGCAGCGAAAGCAGCAAUCCCUCUUGCUGUUCUGGCUUCUGGGAUAGCUGCGCAGCCUGCAUUCACUCCAUAAGACGCACACACAUUUCCCCUUACUUUUUAGGAGGGAAAAAGUGAGUCUUAUAGAGCAAAAAAUACGGUAAGCAAAAAAAUUGAAAAUGGUUAAUGGAACUGCAGAGAACUGAACUUAAAAGUGGGGGAAUGAGAAAUUGGCAGAUUUGCCAAACUGCCUUCUCAGGGCAGUUUUGAACUUUGCAUUCUGUGUGUACAGUCUUGAGCAAACCUUAUAUUGUGAGAGGGCUGCAGGUGGUGCAUGUUUUCUUUCUAGAAAAGGCUUCUCCAGUUCUCCAUAACCUCCCUAGCUUCGGAGUUCAUGUGCCUUUCAGGAAGCAUGGUCCCCUGGGAAGGCUGCAGAAUUCUUACCUGAUAAAGCCCCAUGGGAUUCUUCCCCUGGGCUUUAACUGAAGCCUGGAAACCUUGGGGAAGUUGGUACAGAGUGCCUGUACAGUUGGUACAGAGUGCCUGAGAGCAGCGGAUGAGCUGAUUUUCUAUUUAAAGCAAGUUGUUUUAUAUACCUUUUCCAUAGUGGUUUCUUUUUGAAUAAAGUCUUAACUUUAAAGCAGCAACAGCUGGCUGCCAAGUACAUGAAAUGUAGCUUCCCCACGUUCCCACACCUACAGGAAAGCCCAGCCUGGGACUUUGUGAACUUUUCAGGAAGCACAGGGCCUCUGAGAAGCCAGCAGAAUUUAGACCACUGGAGAGAUGGCUUGUUGAAUGAAAGAAAUGAGACUUGCAAGCUCCCUCAAAAGAUAUUACUUUGCAUCAAACCCCUGCACUGUGCCACUGAGUACUCUGUGAAAAGUUUCUCUCCAUUUUGCUAAUUUUAAAAACAGUUAAUUGAUGGAGAUUUUUUUUUAAAUGGCACUAGGCAGCAAUAAAGUUUGUAGGGAAAUUCUGGGAUCCUGCCCCUCAAAUGGGCUUACUCUUAAAGUAAGCAUGUGUAGAAACUUGGAGGCUGCAGAGUUAUGAAAAAUUAAAGAAUAAGGUGCAAAAUUGGCUUCACUAUGCUCAAAUUCAAGAGGUUUUUAAGUUGGACAAAAGAACAGGCUUCCAGGUGGAAAAAUCGAAACUAGAGACAGAAUUGUUGGAACCAAAAACCAAGGUACUUUCGAGAAUGUAUACCUUGCUGCUUAAAUGGAACACUCAGGAUGAGACAGUCAAAUCAGCCAUGAUAAAAUGGGCUCAGGACAUUGGGUACAACAUUAUGUUUGAAGACUGGGAAAGGUUAUGGACCACUGGUAUGAAAUUCACGGCAUGUAAUGCCUUGAAAGAGAAUAUUAUGAAAAUGAUAUACAGGUGGUACAUGACCCCAGUCAAGCUUGCUAAGAUAUAUCAUUUGUCUGAUAAUAAAUGUUGGAAAUGUAAGGAGGCUGAAGGGACAUUCUUUCACCUCUGGUGGACUUGCCCAAAAGUGAAGGCCUUCUGGGAAAGGAUCUAUAAUGAGUUUAAAAAGGUGUUUAAGUACACCUUUCCCAAGAAACCAGAGGCCUUCCUACUGGGCAUUGUCGGCCAGAAGGUGUUAAAGAAGGAUAGAACCUUUUUAUGUAUGCAACUACAGCAGCAAGAAUUCUUAUCGCAAAAUACUGGAAGACUCAAGAUUUACCCACACUGGAAGAGUGGCAGACGCAAUUGAUGGGCUACAUGGAAUUGGCCGAGAUGACUGCCAGGAUCCGAGAUUUGGGAGAAGAAGCAAUGGAGGAGGAUUGGAAAAAUUUAAAGAUUAUUUACAAAGAUUUUAUAAGUUAUAUGAAUGUUAAGAAUUCGCAUGAUUAGGGAAAUUCAGCUCCAGCAAUAAGAUUAAGGUAUGGGAAACUAAGCUAUAUUAAUGAAAGGACUAAUGUUUAAAAGAACAUUAUAUAUGUUAUUAGUGUAAAUUGACAAUAAGCAUUUUAAACGUAAACCAUAAGUAUUUGAAAGAACAAAAGAAUGCACAAAAUAAGGUUAUAAUUUGCUGAAAAAUUUUAUUGUAAAGAACGCAAGGUGAGGGAGACGUGGGGAAGUCCGGUUGGUUAUAGAAAAUGCUUUGGAAAGAUGAUUUUUUCCUUUUCUUUUUCUUUUCUGUUAUUUCUUUGUAUAUCCGACUUUGUAUUUCUAUGUGGAAAAAAUGCAAUAAAAAUAUUUAAAAAAAAAAAAAAUUAAAGUAAGCAUGUGUAGGAUCAGGCUGUAAAAAAAUGCAUACUGAGCCCACUGAGCACAUGUAAAUAAUGUUCAUGAAGGGAGAACCGAACGUGUAGUCUUGCCAGCUUAAGUUUUGUAUUUGCACUUUAUUUCAUUUGUACUUCACCUUUCAGUGAAUUCCCAGGGCAAUUUGGUUCAAUUGCCAUUUUAAAACAAGAACAUUGAGCAACAUUAAAUACACAAUAUCAGGAGUGGCAGUUGAAUGGAUUUAAAAACAAAGCAGGGAACAGCAUUAUGGCAAUGCACAGAGGUUAGAAGGGUUUGCUAGGUACCGGAAUUGCAUUAAGGUAGGCAGCCAGCGAAGCCUCCUGGGGAUGCCAUUACAAAGUGGACCCUGUAGUCAUAUCUUAGAUGGAGGGGCACCUGAAGAAAGACCUUAGUAUAUGGGCAGGCACAUGUGGAGAAAAAGAGUCCUUUAGGUGCCCUCGUUGCAAGCCAUGAAGUACUUUAAAGGUCAAAACAGCACUUUCAGUUGAGUGUGGAUAUCUUACUGGGAGCCAGUCAUAUGACUGUAACAUGUAGUUGACCCUAUUGGCUGCAUUUUGCAUUGAUUGAAGCUUCCAGGCCAUCUGUGAAGGGCAGUCCCAUGUGUAAUGAAUUGCAGCAGUCUAAUCUGGAUAAUGAGGCCAACCUGUUGGGGAUGCCCUUGGUUGGUGUAUCCGCGGAAGCUGGAAUGCCAGCAUAACCAGGUAGGAAAUGGUCUAGUCUAUGCAAGUAACCUGCACCUCCAGUUACAAAGGCGGAUCAAUGAGCAGAGCACCCCUAGACUGGGAAUGUCUUUCUUCAGGGGGUGUUCAACCUUCUCCAGUGCAGGGAUGACCAUUACAGAUGUGAGGGCCUGGAAGAAAAACCAGAACAAAUUGUUUCCCAAAAUUUGGAGACCUUCCCGUUUCCAUUGACUGUCACUAAGCUGGUGAGAUGAACCACCCAGCAACAGGAUCUCCCACCUUGUCUGGAUUGAGCUUAUGUUGAUCAGCCCUCAUCCGUUGUACUAACACAUACCUGAAGGUACAUGAUGCAACAGGUUUGCUGAAUCGGAGCAUGUUUGGGUCUCUUUGCUGCCUGAGUUGUAUGGGUGAAAGGCAGGAUAUGUAUGCAUGUAAUAGGCAAAUAUGAAACCAAAUUGAGGUUUGCAUGUGGGAAGAGGCUGUUGAAAGUGGAAAUGAUUUAGCUGGUCGUGUGGUCGUUUCAUGAUCUGUGUGGGCUUACUGUGGGGAAUUUCUCCCUCUCUGAAUACAGAAUAUACCUUAAGCUAAAAUGUUUGUGGAUAUGUUUUGAUUGCAGAUGAAAUUCAGAAUGAUUACUCACGCCGCCAUUUAUUUUUUUUCUGUUUACGUUUUGCUUAGAUAAAUAGAACAAGGUUUAUUUGGCUCAAAAUACUAGUGUAGAGGUGUGAGCAAUUGCCAUGGAACUACAGAGGUGUUUUGGAUUUCUAGAAGGUUCCCCGCCCUUUCCGCUCACCUGUGACAAAAUGGAACUUGUAUUGAAUGUUUAGAAUUCAGAGUAGGGUAUUGAAGAAGUGAAGGGCUUUGAAACCGUAUGCACUUUCGGCCAACAAAUGUGUAUUAGAUUUGAAUUUAGGAGGAAGGAAAUGUAGACAAUGAGAUCCGUCUCAUGAAAAUAGCCUUGGUUGUUAAUAUCUGUUUAAAGUCAAUUGUAGCAGCAACUCAACUAAAGCAUCCAUUCAUGCCAGUUCUGGAGCUGGAAAAAGGACUUCCAGAAGCUGAGUGGAAUUUCCAGGCUGAUUCAUGCAGGAUUAGAUGAUUCCUGAGAAAACUCAGCAAAUUGAAGGCGGGAUGGGGAACCUCUGGCCUCCAACUCUCAUCAUUCCCAAAGUGUUUGACCAGUGGUAAGGAGUGAUGGGGAGUUGUAGUUCACCUGUAACAUCUGGAGGGCCACAGCCUUAGAGCUUUGGAGGUGAAAGCUGGCACUUAGAAUUGUGCCUGAAAUGAAAUUGUUCUUUUUCUCUUUGAACCCUGUGUUGAUUCUUUGGUUCUGGGAUGCUCCAUGUCUGGAUUGUGGGAAAAAAGAAAGAAAGGAACGUUAUAAAAUGGUGUAACUGUAUAGUGACUGGAGAUGUUUCUAUGCAAACAAGUGAAACAUGAUUCUGGCUGUGUAUCGGUUUGGAUGCUGGCUUUGUCCCUGCAUUAAGCCGUAGCUCUCUAAAUAUAGUGCUGAAAUUUGCCUAGGAGCUUAGUACUUUUUCCAGGGAAGCUUGCUGUGCUGUUGAAAUGGAUAGAAUGUUAGGUAUGGAUUGGAUUCAGUUUUUUUUUCUGUGCCUUGAGCCUCUUUGGGUGACCUUGGGUCCUGGUGCCAGAGGGGACCCUAUGUAUACUUCUCUCAGUUACUGCAGGAAAAGAAAACCUCUUGAUUAAAUAGAAAUCUGUAUUUUCAUCCUUGGCAAUGUAAGCAACCAAAUAGGGUCAGAAGCCUGAUAUUGUUACCUUGCAACAGCAGAAAUUAACUUCGGAAAUUAAAUGCCUCUUGUACGGGAGAAAAAGGAAUAAAACUUUCUUUGUGUCCCAAUUCCAUAUUGAACAUUCCCUCCCAGAUGAAAUUGUGCAGAAAAUUCCUGCAUUGCAGGGACUUGGACUAGAUAACCCCCUCCACCUCCAUUGUCCCUUCCAAAUCUACAAUACUCUGAUUCUAUGACUUUCUCAGGGAGAUGCAACGUUCUAGUUGUCUAGUUGCAAGGGUCUUAAUUGUGAUCAUCUUCCUCAACUUGCCAUGUUGCCACAUUCCCUUUCUGGUUCAGUUGCCUCUGUGUCUGGAGAGAAACACUGUUUGGGUUAGGCUGACGUGGAUUUAGCAAUGAGACUGUUUAUAAAAAUGUACAAUGAUGGAAUCAAAGUUUAGUCAUUUUUCUCAGCUUCUUAAACGUGUAACUGAAAACUCCAGUGCACUGGUAAAAGCAGUGGAUGCAAUCGAAAUGUUGGUGUUUAUUUUCCAAGAGCAUAUGCAGAAUGAACGUUUUCUCCUUCAAAUUUAUGUUCUUCGGCACCUUUGUCUGUCACGAUGCUUUCCUCCAGACAUUUUUAAUACCGUACAUCUGCACAUUAGGCAGACCUCUGUGAACCAAAGUCAAUGAUACUUCUCAGCAGAGACUGCUGCAGUAGAAAUGUUAAUGGCAUGCAGCACAUAUAAUGGUUGCAGCAGAAGCCACGUCUGUUUUCUAACCGUGUGUAUACUUGAAUCUGAGGAACAGAGGACUCUGCUAUGGCAGAUUCUUGGUCCAUCUAGCUCAGUACAUGUCUACACUGAUUGGGGUCUUGGGCAAGUCUUCCUAGCCCUUCCUGGUUAGAAUAUUCUGCAUGCAAAAUGUAUGUUCAGUCACUUCACUACUAUGGCCAUUUUCUAAUUUUCUGGUAUAAAUCUUAAAGAAGUAUAUUCGGUGAACUGAGUGGCAGCCAGCACCACUAUUUUAUGUGGUUUUAUGGGAAUUAAUGAGGGGGUGCAAAUAUUACUUUGUUUUCUUGUUGAUUUCAGUGAAAGAUUUGGCCAUCCUUCUGCUGCGGUUAACUCUGGUAUGUUCAGUCCAAUCAGGUUCACCCCUGAACAUCAGACUUCCUAAAUCUCAGAUGGAUUGGACCAGAGGUCGCAAUUUUAUAGGGCACAAAUGCGGCCUAACAGCUGUCUAAACCUGGGGUUGUCAACAUGGUGGCCUUAAUUACGUAAAUAAAUCAAAUUUUAUUUGCUUAAAAGCAUUUAUAUAAACCACUCAACAGUGUACUGUAUUUAAAAACACACACACAAUGUAGUUAAAAAUGCAGCCGAAAACCAAUAAGACAGCAAUGUUAAAAGCAUAUAGAAUAAGAAUUUGGGGGAUUCUGAUACACAAAACAGGGUCUUGAAUGAUCUUAUGGGUCAGAAAACGCCUGCGCAAAAUGUGUGAAGCAACUGAUGGUUGCCGUUCUGUGUAUGGCAAAGUGAAGGGCAUUUAAUGAGAUAGGGCUUGAAGUGGCAUUUUGUGGUGCCUAAAGUGCCCCCCCCAUGCUGAAAUGAGGCUUGAAAAAAGCCGUCUGCUGUAGCCAAUAGCAUUAGGAUGUGGUUUGUGUGCAGUGCCUACAGCAGUUUCUCUUGUUUGCAGAAGGGUCACUGGGCCCUUGAAGUUUGGUCACCCCGACCUAAACUAAAAUAGAGACGUCUGUUCUGUCAGUUUCAUGUAUCUCUUCUUUUUCCUCUCCACCCUUUACAUGACCUUUCUGUGAACUGUACAUAGCAUUCUAGCCUAUUUCUAAAACGCAAAACAAUGCCUGCCGUGCAAAGCGGUUAAGAAUGAAUUUGUUUCGUUUUCAUUCGUUCAAAUUGCCACUUGUACUGUAAAAAUGAAUGGUGGAAUAAUUUGUUUAGAUUGUUUUUUUUAAAAAAAAACUUAUGAGAAUUGCGCAAAUUACUAUUUGUCCAACUGGAUUGUAUGUUGCUGUUUUCUUUUGCAUCAGAUGAGCUACUAGACUUAAUUUGUUGGUCUUUAUUGUUUUUAUUUAGAAAUGUACAAAGCUCUCUUUUCUGUUUAUACUGAUUCUCAAAGGGCAAAAUGAUCGGAAACUAAUGUAAAAUGUAACCCUCCAAGAAAAUUAAGAUUUUAAAGGAAACAAUGUGAUCUAAAAGCAAACAUUUGCAGGGAAAUUCCAAAAACCAGAGAAACACUCCAGAGUUUAGGAAAGGCCAAAUGUCUGCUUGAAUAGGAAAGGCUUAACUACUUGUCUAAACAAAUCAAACUCUUGAAGCAGGCAAAUAUCUGAUGGAAGGAAUUGAAGCCCGGCUGAUAAUGAGAGACAGAGCUGGACCAGAAAUAUCAGCCUAUUUAGAAUAGGAGGAUAGGUGAAAAGAGCACCCCAAAAUUGAGCAGGAGGACAGGUGAAAAGAGCACCCCAAAGACUGAGGGGUGCAGGAGAAUGUUCGGAGAAUUUCAGGAGUUUUUAGAGAAAGUAGGAGGGAGGCAAUGCUUUUAAAGUUUGCAAAGCUUUUUAAAGUUUACAAAGUGUGUGUGCAUGAGUGCACUCUCUCUCUCUCACACACACACACACACCUGCCUGCCCCCCCCCCCAUUUUUGCACAUUGUCUUGAAAAAUUAAAACUAAGGUAAGCCAAUCUUCAAAAUUUUCUGAAAUUUCUCUCCCCUUUGCCAUUUUGAUUGGGGGAAAAAUGUUGCUGCAAAAACAAAGAGGGGCAAUAUUUUUUUUGGGGGGGGUGGCCCUAGCAUGAAUUUCAGGAAUACAUAGAAAAAAUUACGAUAGUUUCACAACAACUUUCGGUGAUGAGAAUUGGCCUCGGCAUUUAUGUAGCAGCUCUUGCAAGUGUUCAAAGCACUUAACUUUGUAUCAUUUGUAAUCCUUGCAAUAGCCCUGUAAGACAGGUCAGUAGUAAUUUUAUCUCCACACUGCAGAGAAGUGACUUGUCUAAGUCCAGAUAGUGUGUUCAUAAAAAUUUGAGUCUGUUUCAGCUCCAUAUUUAGGGAGGACUUAGAUAAGACAGCGGUACUCCCCCUUUCCCAAGUUGGUGGCCAAUAAUGAGUGAGUAGGCAGCUAACCUUUGUGUCCCCCCGCCCCCUUCAGAUGAACUACAACUCCCAUCUGCCUCAGCCAGCACAGCCAUCAACAUCUGGUGGGCCAUAAGUUCCUCACCCUGUGCUAUUUGAAAGUGUUCUUUUUCUUUUCUUAUCUCACAGUUCUGGAGGUAGUAAGAAUCUGGCAAGGUUGAGGACCUAUUCUUGGAAGUUGCUAAUCUGUGCACAGUGUAAGGCCAUAAAGAUAAAGUGGCUCAGAGUGAACCCAGUCAUCAAAUGUGUGCUUUGAACAUCUGCUUAUCCUGCAAUUGCUUUUUGUAAUGAAUGAGGUCCAGGAACAAAAAGGCAGCACCCACCCACAAUUUCUGUCCUUUUAAGAGAACCUUUGAGUUCCUAUUGGUGCUCCAUGCUGAGUGCAUGUUAUGCUCAAAGCAUCUCCUCCUUCCUCAUUGGGGAUGUCUCUCCCCCUACACACACACAUCAAGAGGAAGUUGGUGCCAUUUGCACCUCUUGCCCCACCUGAUUGGGCUGUUGGCGAAUGCUAGUGGUCAGAGAUUCCAAGUAGAGCUGGCUUCCCCUGAUUGGUGGAUCUCCUUCACACAUGGUCAUUUCCCCGACCCUCUGAGAUAAAAGGAUUAAGCUUUCAGUGUUCUUGAUAUCUUCCAUCAAUGCUUCGUAGAACUUGCCUAGGGUGACUCAUGCUGCUUUGUUAGCUGAAGAGGUUUUGUAAGUUACUAGGUCUUCCUUAGACAUGCUUUCUUUCUCUUAAAGCAGCUUGCUGUUUUCUUCCUCUCUCUUAUACUGAUCUAAAUAAGAAUUUUUUGUUUUAAUUCUUUUUUUUAAAAAAAGAACGCUGGAGGUGGGAUCUGGUGGGGUCUUGCAUUGCCUAACCAGUCGGUCUAUGCUCUGGACCAGGCUUCCUCAAACUCGGCCCUCCAGAUGUUUUGAGACUACAGUUCCCACCAUCCCUGACCACUGGUCCUACUAGCUAGGGAUCAUGGGAGUUGUAUACCAAAACAUCUGGAGGGCUGAGUCUGAGGAAGCCUGCUCUGGACCACGAGUGGGGAACCUGAAUGCUGCUGGACUCCAGCUGCCAUCGUUCCUGACUCAGAGGGUUUGGGAGCCCCAACCACAUCAGAGUGGGAGCACAGGUUCCCUGUUCCUUCUCCACACUUUCAAGGCAAAAAAUUGAGAAUGACUUAUUGUACUCUGCCUGCUGGUAAGAGUCCAGAAAAGCAUUUCUCCCUCAGUUUGCAAUGAUACCCCUGACAAAGGCGACUAGUUAAUGAUUCCAAAAUGUGUGAGAUGGUAAAUAACACAGGACUAGGGUAUGUGUGUUGCCCUUUCAGUUUCCCUGCUGUCGAGAGGAUGUUGUAGGAUUGCAACAACUCUGUCCUCUUAAUUUCAAGAGAAUUCCAGUGCAAUCAUAGUCAUGUCUACUCAGAAAUAAGUCCCAGCAAGGUGAGUUAAGUCUCCCCACCCCACCCCAAAAAGGCAGUUCAGGAGCAGCCGUGUUUAUUUGCUUCAUGGCUAUCCAUACAUUGGACACUUUGUAGCACAGAGCUUCAUCUUUCUUAUGUUUUCACGGCCAGGAGUGCUGUUUUUGGAAGUGUACACAUGGGCUCAUCAACCUCGGUGAUCCUACUUAAAUAUGGAGUUGAAAGAUCACUGGUGUUGGUUACUGAAGAGCAGAAAAUAGGGAAAUGCUCAUUGCUGGUUUGGAGAGAACCAUUUGUUUUGGAGGAGGUGCCCAAUCUUAUAGGCAGUGGUCGUUAAAAUGAGCUGCAUUCUAUGCAGGAAACUCAGAAGAAUUAUUUUUAAAGUUGGUAUAAAGCCAAAAAUGGAUUUGUGCAUACCAUAUAUAUUUAUAUAUAAUACAGUACGUACAUUUUAAGAAUGGUCAUGGUAAUUAUGGUGAAAAGAAGCUUAGCCACCCUUCUGAGGUCUGCAGGCAGCUCUAAGCUACGGAAAAUACGGAGAAGCAUGUAAUGAGCACUGUAGUAUUUUGAGAGCCUGGGAAUAUUUUCCCUUGGCCUCCAGUGCUUUGUUAUUUUUGCUGCCUAGAAUUUUUGGGUACAUGGAGUACAGGGUUGCUGUAGCAAUGUGGCUCUGCCGAUUAUGAAAGCAGCGCUCUUCCCAUGAAGGACGGCGUUUUUCUUCUUCUUCUGUAGCAAAGCUUUCAAUCCGGCCGAUGCUCAAAAGGCAACCGAGCCAACGAUGUUAAUCUUACUGAACCGUGCAGUGUGUUUUGUAAAGCGUCUGUCUUAAUAGACAUAGUGCUCUCAUUUUUUCAUCCCUGCAUAUCUGGCUUGGAAUAAGGCACACAAAUGGUCAGUUGAAGGUGCUGGUUCAUGUAACUGGACUUUGAGUACCUUGGUGAUAUGUAGUGAAUUUGUACCUAAUGCUGGUGAAUAUAUUCAGAUCUGUGCAGCUUCCUUGGGUCCUUUUUAUACGUUUUAUCUGGAACUAUGCUGCUGUGAGUUCAACGUGACUUUCUUCUAGGUAAGUACACAUAGAACUGCCCCCUGUAAGUUUUCUUGUUUGUGUAUUCAGCCUUGAUGUCCUGAAAGUUUUGUAUGACAUCUAAAGUGUUAGUAUUACAUGGUAUCGAUCGCCUACAGAUUCAAACUUGUGAGAUAUACAGUGUACAUACAUUUGGGACUGUAUCCACUGUUGCAUCUUGGUUUCUUUCUUUCGUUUCUUUCUUUCUUUGGUAAAGAUUUUAAUCAAGCCUUAGACUGAUGUAUCCUCCCAGAAUGUCAACUUUGAAUAAUAAGUAACAAGGUAAUGGAUUUGUUAGAGCCCACAAAAAAGGUCAGAAAGGUAAGCAAACUUUGAAAAGCUUACUCACUUUUAUUUUAGCAUUAACAACAUGAUACAAUUUGACUGUUACUUUUGAAACUUUUUCUGAUGGGCCACCAGGCUAACAGUAGUUCUUAAUUUUUUUCCCCUUCUGACUCGUGCAGAGAUUGCAAAGGAACACAUUGGGUACUGAAUGACUCUGUCUUGCAAAAGUUACUUAGAAAGCAGUGAGAUGGAUGAGGAGCUCUGUAUACUAUUGAUGCAUUUCUUAAUACCGUGCCUUAUUAUUUACAAAAAUUAGGCCUUUUUCAGAUUUGCCAUCACCGUGAGCAGUUGGCUUAAAUAAAAAAUAAACUAUUAGGGUGCAUGGUGGCUGCAUCAUGUAGCUUUUGAAUCCUGGCUUAUUUUGAAGCUGUUAACCAUGGUUUUCUGUUACAUGUGAAUGAAGAACUAUGGCCAGUUAUGGCUUCCUGGUUUUACUUUUGCCACUCAUGUGAAGGCCUGCAUUUGUGCACACAGUUUGUGCAUAUCCCAGUUUGCUAAAAUGGGAUUUUGGAUUAUGUGAAUGCAGACAUUUCUUGCCACCAGCUCUAAGAUUGUGAUUACACCAACAGCCUCCGCAAUGCACUAUAUAUGUAUUCUGAGAAAAACAGUUGGUAUAGACGCCCCCUUAGGAUAGAUUCCAGAGGAAAAACCUCUCAAAUAAAUGGCGGAAUGCUCUAAAAUAGUCAAAUAUUUUCAUAAAUGGAAUAAUUAUUAGGGAACCUAAUGAGGUUUCAUUAGAAGGACUGUUCCUUUUUACCACUGUUGCCCUUUUAUCUCCAUAUUUGUAUCAUUCACUACACCUUGAAAUAUGGCCACUGGCAUCAGGUUUAUAGUCAACUGGACAGUAAUGUUCUUAAUCCUAUUUUGAUGUUGAUUAUAACGGUUCAGAAUUGCAUCAGUUUUAAACAUUUUCCUGAGUAGUUAGAUUUGAACAGUUACCCUUGUUUUAUUUUUAAAUCACCAACAAUACAAAGCUGGUAUAUCACUUUUUGUUUGGUUGUCCCAUAUGUGAGAUAAUAUUUCACACGGAUUUCCUGAGCAACACUGGCUAUUUCAACAGUGAAGAAAUAAAUGAAGUCUUUUAGUGUAUUACUGGCUAGAAUAAAACUAAUAGCAUAGUACUGCCUUCUGAAAUGUGGAGGUAAUGAUGAACGGUUAUACCUAACUUAGUCAGUGAGUGAGCAGACUCACUGAAAUCAAUGGACAAGUCCUGAUUUAUUUGGAAGCAACUCAAAGGCUUAGGUUUCUCCAGACCAAAUUUGUUAACCUGCAUUCUUUUCCAGCUGGCUGUUACAUUCCUGCCUUCUUUCACCUUUUUCCUUUUUGCAAAAUCGCCACAUCAAAUUCAGCUUCAAAGAAGAAAAUAAUUACAGGCCUUCAUGCAACAGAAACGAACUCUUUAAUCCUGUUAGACUUGGUGUGGCCCAAGGUUGAAUUCACCUUGCAUGUCAGCUAGUCAGCAAAGAGAAGGUUAUGCCAAAACACUUCAGGGGGUUAAAGUUUUUGAGUAUCAGUUUAGUUAACGUGUACCUGAGAUGUCAAAAUAUUGCCGCCUAGUGCUAUUAAUGGCAAAGCCUGGCAAACAGGAAUCCUAGCUGAUCAAGUGGUUUGUAGUUAAAUCCCACUUUAGGGUCCAUGUUUUUGCCAUGUCACAGUCUACAGAUCUUUUCAUCCUUGAGGAAACUUAUAUAGCAACCCUUGCUGGCCAGUGCUGCUUCUGUGGACUCAUUGCCCUCUGAUUUGGUACAAAUAUACCACACUACCUGCAGGGUCAGGCUCUGGAAAAUGCAAGCUGUUGUGUAACUUUUUCCUGGUUUUCUUCAGUAAGUUACAAGUGGAUCGCUUAAGAUUGUUCAACACACAUACAAACUAUUUUUUCUUAAAAAGAAAAGAAGGUAGGCUAGCCUUUCCAUCUGAUGCAUGGAGGAGCAGGAUAGAUGGGCGGAUAUUUAUUUAUUUACUGCGCACACAUGGUUCUCUCCCCCCCCCCUUCCAUUUAAUCCACACAACAGCUCAGUGUGAGGUAGGUUAGUUGAUUGUUAUUGGAUUUGCUAGAAGACCUGUUUUGGGGGAAGGGCCAUAGGUGCAGUGGUAGAAGCUCUGCCUUGCAUGCAGAACGCCCCAGGUUCGAAACCCCGGUGUCUCCAGGUACGGCUGAGAGAAACUCCUGUCUGAAACUCUGGAGGGCUGCUGCCUGUCCGUGCAAUAGACAAUACUGAGCUAGAUCAACCCAUGGAUCUGAGGUGGUCUUAAGGCAGCUUCGUCUGUCAUUCAAAUUGUGAUGCUGGGGAAUGAGCCCAUUGGGAUUUCUCUUUGAAGUUAUUGGCAUCUGUUUGUCUCAAGAGACAGUGGAGUGCACCCACUUCCAUUGGCGAAGUCAAACCACUGUAUUAGCAUCACCAAAGUGACCUCCUCGGGGCACAAGCCGGGGCACUGAUGUGGUCAAAAGGAAAGCACAGCCGUAUGUUUGGCACCAGCUUGGCUGCAGGAGAUGUCGGAAGGAGGCGUAUGAGGCGCCAUCCAACCAUCUUAGGGACUCCACUCUGGACUUGUGUGGGUUUACUCCUUAGCUCCCCCCCCAAAAAAAAAAUGUCCUGCAAGGCAGCAGAGAUUUAGGACCAGAGUUUUCCUUCUUCUAGAUGGGCUCCCUUCCCAGGUAGAUGAGACCAUUUGCGCCUCACUCCCCCCCCCCCACAACACAUGCAAUAACCACCUUCUUGACCGUUGGACUCCCUGUGUGCUGGCCCUGGGGGUAACCUGAGAAACGUGGUCCAGGUCUGGUCCAGAAUCUGAAGGUUCCACUAGGAGUCAGUCUGAUGGGGCCACGGCAGGACGCGAGGCAGGAAACCAGGCAAGGACAGGUACAGGAUCUCAGGCAGGAUCUGGCAUACAGCAAUGUUGCUCCCGCAACCUUGGGCGGGGGUCCGACAGCCUUUUCAUCAGGGUAGCGGCCGGUCCUGAUCUCCCGGCGACUCACCUCCCUGUUUUGCCCGAAGGCGAGCACUCCUCCUGCGAGUACUCAGGUCUCUCCUUCUCUCAGACCUUAGUCUCUGCAGCUCAGGAGACGUCGGUGGGUUACUAGACCCAGGGGCUGCCUCAGCCUCCCCUGACCCAACUGGUAGUGGAGCAGCUGUAGGUGAUGGCCCAGCUGAAGGCAACGAGAGCCAGGGCAGGCUCAGGCCCCUGACUCGGCCCAACUGGUGCUUGUUGCAGGGGAACCUGUACAGACUGGGACUCUUCAGGAUCAGGUCUCAGACUUGGUUCAGAUGAUGCCUGAGGCAAAGGAUCUGGUGCAGACUGAGACCCCUCUGGUUCUGAGUCCAAGCCGGAGUCCCAGGCCAUCACACACUGUUGGUCUCAUCUGCUCAAUCCUUCAGAGCCUGUCUUCGCAUGCGGGGGGGGGGAGUGUCUUUCUUUUUAAGUAUUGCAUUUGUAUUCACCCUAAAUAUGAUUCUGUAUGUUCUUUAAUUCUAUACCGAAAAUAUUUCCAAUUAAUGCUUGCUCAAAACGUUUAUGUGUACACACACACACACACACUCUUGAAGUAAAGUUAAAUGCUGGCAAUGAAGAGAAGGAAUAGGGCACAAUGCAACCCUGCCAUUAAUUUGGAUGGAAAAGGAAAAGGAAACUCACUAAUUGCACUUCACAGUUUAUUAUAGCUGAGCUCAUGGGAGAGUUAAGAGCAAAAAAAACACCAAAGGAAAUCUCACUAACUGUUGAGAGAGAAUUUGGAUGUGUAAAGUUUAUGAAAGCAAAUCACAGGUAAGGUGUGUGAUGUAUGCGUCUGUAUUUUACUGGAAUAUGUUCAGAAGCUUGACUUGCUUCAAUGAAGGAGAUAAAUUGAAACCAUGGGGUGAUAAUAGCAUCAUAACACAUGAUUCUAGUAGGUAUCAUUUGCAUUUAUAUCCCGCCAUUCCUGCGAGGAGCUUGAGGGGGCAUGCAUAGUUCUCCUCCUCCCCGUUUUAUCUUCACAACAACCCUGUGAGGUAGGUUAGGCUGGGAGUGAAUAGCUGACCCAAAGGUCACCCAGUGGGGAUUUGAACCCCAGUCUCCCAGGUCCUAGGUCAACACUCUAACCACUACACCACACAGGCUUAUAAGCAUUCCAAAAAAAAAAACCUGUUCUGGUUCAUUUAUCAAUAUUUUAAAUGAAUAUUUUAGACUGUCUGAUGAAAAAUGGAUAGAGGUCUUUUUUCUUUUAGUAACUGGUGCAUGCAUUUUGUUAAAUAAAAAUAAUUUUUUACACUUGAAUUUUCUCCCUUACUAAAUAUGUGUAACAAAUAGUUGUUUGUUUGGAAACCUCCAGAAAAUGAGCUUUCAUAGCCUCUGUAGCCUCUCUUGUUCGUUUAGUUCUUCUGUUUUUGAAGCCUUUCCCUAGUGAGUUAACCUGGUGUUCAUAUGACCAUUUUGCUGCCUCUCAUAGCAACACUCUCCUCAGAUUAUAUUGCUUCAUUAUUUCAAUGGACAGAUAGCAUGGUUAAAUUGUAUACAGGGGAGUAUUUAAUAUAAAAAUAAACCAGAAGUUCUGAAACGUUGAAAAGCAGCCUAUGGAGCCGAUGAGUAAGCUACAUAAUGCCUUGCUUGAUGUUCUAGUUUGUGUGUGUGCAAGAGCAUCCAUUCUGAUGCUCAGCCUGUAUUCUAAAGUGGUGCAGUCCCAGGAAAGAGGUUCUACAGAGGUAAAGGUAAAGGACCCAUGGACCGUUAAGUCCAGUCAAAGGCGACUAUGGGGUUGCGGCACUCAUUUUGCUUUCAGGCCGAGGGAGCUGGCAUUUGUCCAGAGCCAGCUUUCCGGGUCAUGUGGCCAGCAUGACUACUGUGGCCUAAACCACUGAGCUUCUUGGGCUUGCUGAUCAGAAGGUCGGCGGUUCGAAUCCCCACGAUGGAGUGAGCUCCCGUUGUCCCAGCUCCUGCCAACCUAGCAGUUUGAAAGCACACCAGUGCAAGUAGAUAAAUAGGUACUGCUGUGGCAGGAAGGUAAACAGUGUUUCCGUGCGCACUGGCUUCUGUCACGGUGUUCCGUUGCACCAGAAGUGGUCUAGUUAUGCUGGUCACAUGACCCAGAAAGCUGUCUGUGGACAAACGCCGGCUCUCUCAGCCUUAAAGCGAGAUGAGUGCUGUAACCCCAUAGUUGCCUUUGACUGGACUUAACCAUCAUGGGGUCAUUUACUUUUUACCUGGUUCUAUAGAACACAUAGCUGAGCCCUUAACACCAAGUAACCACUGGUCAGCUGCAGAUUCUGCACCAGUAGGGGUAACUGGAAAAGAGCACAAAUGCGUAGCCAGUGGAAAAGAGCACAAAUGUGUACUUACAGAACAACAGUCAUACAGGAACGUGUGGCAGAUGAGCUUCUUAGCUUAAGCAGAUGUAGUAUAGGGUCAAUUUGAUGGGCACUUGCUGACUUUAAUACCAAUUUGGAAUCUGUCUGCUUUAAAAAAUAUGCCGGUCCCUUACUUCUAAGGCAUCUUGGCAUGGUCAGUGCACCGUACAGAUAACUCCCAACUUGUGCAUGCGUUAAAUUCUAAGUAAUUUAUUGUGUACGGGGCAUUGUGGUCAUGGAAUAUCCUUCUAGCUGAAAGUGGUUUUUAGAGUUUUAUUAGUAGAAACGAGAGCCAUUUACAGUAAUUUAAAUUGAUUUCUUGAUAUUCUACGAUUCCUGAAAGCGUAGGUCUAUGCUUUCUGGUAAAUCGCUGCUGGCUUAAUAUAUUGUUGGAUUUUUUUUCAGUUUCUUCCCAGAGCUUGAAAGUUAUGCUUACCUGCUGUCAUAGUUUGAAGGAGCGGAGUUUAAGUUAGACAAAAUCAAUCGUGUUUCUUUACCAUCAUGCUUUUAUGGCUAUUGAUUUAUGUUAGUAACAGAGGGAGAGCCCUGCUGGAUCCCAUCAUGGUCAACCAGAUGCCAUAGGAAGCGAUAAACAGGGCAAUAGCUGUCUUUUGUUCGUGAUCCCCAGUAAACUGGUAUUCAGAAGUAUAGCGCCUCUUGGAGCCACCGUGCCUCAUUCUCCUUGAAUUUGCCACAUUUCCCUUUUUAAAGCUGUCUUUAAACUGGUGGCUGUAUCUUGUGGUAGUGAAUUCCAUAGUUUAACAUGGUUUAUUAAAUGUACAUGUCACUUUGCAGUAAAAAAGAAAGUCCCAAAACAAAUUACCAUACAAGUAAAAAAACCAAAACCCCACAAUAAUAUUUAAUAAAACAUAAUAAAACCAGAUUUAGCAGUACACUGUAUCAUUAGUGCUGCCCAAAUGUCCAGAAAAACAAAAACGCCUUUGCUUGGCUCUGAAAUGAUGACAAGACAUGGGCCUCUUUGGGUAGAGUAUUCCAUAAAUUAGGAGCUACUACAGAGAAAGCCCAUUCUGUGGGACAGCUCAUGAGACUCUUAAUUACAGGGUCGUGGGUUUGAGCCCCACCUUGGGCAAAAAAAACCCCCUGCAUUGCAGGGGGUAGCACAAGAUGAUUCAUGUGGUCCCUUCCAACUCUCUGAUUCUCAUCACCACCCUUUGGUGGUGGCAUGCAGAGAAGGGUCUUUUAUCACUGAAGAAGAACUUCCUUUUGUCUCUUCUGAAUCUCCCAACGUUCAGCUUCACUAGUUCCCCGUUAGUCUAAAACAGGGAGAAAACCUCUUUUACAUCCUCCAUACAACACACAAUUUAUACACCUUUGCCACACCCUUUUUUCUAAAGUAGGCAGAAAGGUAAAGUGUGAGUUCUAGGAAAAGGAGAGGUUCCUGACAGUGAGAGCUGUUCGACAGUGGAAUUUGCUGCCAAGGAGUGUGGUGGAGUCUCCUUCUUUGGAGGUCUUUAAGCAGAGGCUUGACAACCAUAUGUCAGGAGUGCUCUGAUGGUGUUUCCUGCUUGGCAGGGGGUUGGACUCGAUGGCCCUUGUGGUCUCCUCCAACUCUAUGAUUCUAUGAUUCUAUGAUUCCUGAAUGAAGCAGAGCUGGAAUACUUUCUUCCCAGAAGCAAAGUUUUAGCAUGACGGCAUUCUGAAAGCAGGUGUCCCUUGCCCUCCCUAUAGAGGCUCACCUGGUACCUUUGAUCAUGGUUCAGUCUCAGGUUUUUAACUUCAUUUUAACCUUAGUUUCAACACUUAAAAUUUCAUCCUCUCCUUAAACUGAUGGUGCUAGGGAAACAGAUGUAGCUUGGUGGUUGAGCAUGCACAUUCAAUCUUUGGCAUCUCCAGGUAGGGUUGUCUGGAACCCUGUCUAGAACUCUGGAGCUUCUGUUAAGAAGGACCAAAGACUUGGCUCAGUAUAAAGCACUUUCUCAUUAUUGUUCGUAAUUUCCUCUUCUUUUUAGUUUUAUAAGUUUGUGCCAGAACUGAAGUGGAGCCAGCUUAGCUUUCUUACAGACUGUUUGUUGAAUGCUUUGAUUGUUCUAUCGCUUACUAUCUAUACAUCAUUCCCCAAGGCUUCCGCCUGAAGUGGAUGACAUGAAAUAUAAUGCACUGUUAUGAUAGUACUGUGCUGCUAAACCUGGAAGCUGGGGGAAAGCAGGGAGUGUUCUGGAAUUUCUGGCUGCAGUAGCUCCUCCCUCUCAUGACUCCAUUUCUGGUUGGUUUCAGGAGCCAAGCUGAGAUACCCUGUCCUACUUCUAAAGCUUGAGAGUUGGGUUAGUGUCCCAGAAAACACACCCUUACUUUAAUUUCAGGCCUCAGGAGUCUGAGGCCCUCCAGAAGUGUGUGUGUGUGUGUGUGUGUGUGUGUGAGAGAGAGAGAGAGAGAGAGAGAGAGUUUUUGCAUACAUGCUUUAUUGAAAGAUUAAAAAGUACAUAAUUGCAAGUGCACAGAGAAAGGAAGAAAAGAAAUAAUACCCAUGUAAAAAAUCAAAAUAGAACAACAGCAAAAAAAGUAUGCACUACAAAAAAAAAGAAAAUAAAUUACUGAUAGGAGAUUGAAUGUUCCCCAAUCUGAUAUAUCUAUGUAUUGUACACAAUGCACAAUAAUUCUAAAUAUUUGUCUGCGAAAGAGGCAGUGACUGGGAAGCCCAGGGAGUAGAGUAAAUUCAGAAGGAGACUAGAGUUCAAGAGAAGUUUGAGAAAGUCCUGAACUGGGCAUAAGCACCUCAUUGUUGAUUGAUAUAUGGAAGUAUUCUCUUAUUAAGCUUUAUUGUUUGGUAUUAUUCUACGCUUUCCCCUUUCCUCAUCUGCUUCACCUAGCAGUAAUAAAAAUUGUGAACUUCCAGUUCUUGCCUGAAGUUGAAUAAUAGCUCCUUUUUAGUUUUCAAUAGCUUCUCAUUUCAAUGUUCAUUUAUUAAUUUCAGAGGAAGAGAAGUGGCCUAUUUAGUUUUUACCUGACACACCUCUAACAGCCAGCCUUCAAACUAUUUUUUGUGGGCACACAUCAUUUUAUGCUAGGAUGGCUUUUUAUCUGUGCAGGUGGUUGGAAGCAACUAAUGGAAAGGACUCCUCUUGCUGUAGAUGUAAGUCCUAGUUCACUUCCAACCCUGUACAAUUUUUCUCUUACUCUUUAUCUUUAGAUAGCAACCACCCUUUUGGUUCCUUCCCUGUUGAUGUUCUGGACAAAAUUUAAGUCUUUUUGUUCCACCAGGCUUUUUGCUGGUGUCUUGCCUUGAUCCCUUUUUGUAUUUUGGUUUUAUUUUAUUGUAUUCUCCUACAUCUCUUAAAGUUUGUAAUUUUUGUAUAUUUGAUUAAUCUUGUGAGUUAGUUUGUAAUUUUUGUAUCUUUGAUUAAAUCUUUUGAGCUGCCUUGAGCUGCUUCCACGUUGAGGCAAAAAAGUUGGGAUAAAAAUGUUUUAAAUCAACAAAACAACCAGGAAAGUCCCAUCAUUCAAUAGGAUGCUGAAAAAGACAGCAGAUACACCUGAGAUUCUUAUCAAGCUGAUCUUGACAUGUUUUGAACAUAUAUGUACCUCCUUGGAGGAGAUCACUUUGCAGUUACUUUAUGAGAACAAUAUUUUGAUCAAAUCUGAAUCUCCUCUAGUUUACUGCAGUGUAGAUGGAACAUGUUCAACAGUUUUGCAGUUGUAAAAAGAUGUAGUAUUUAUUGACUGUAAAACAUACUCUCUCCAGGCUUGGCUAGGCUCUAUUUAGGUUAGCCAAGCUUGGGGAAAGCCAUUUCUUUUAUAAUCUGCAUGUUUGAAUAGAAUACACUCUUUAUUUCUCUCUUCUUCUUUUUUCCAUUCCCUUAAUUUUUGGAAAACUGUUGAAGAAGUUAAUCUAAAUUGGAGUAAGUGGGAGAAGAGUAACUGGAAUGAAAAUAUUGUUUUCAUAAGUUCUAACUCUGCUUAGCAUUGUUGAAAGCUCAUCAGCGCUUGGAUGGGAGACGCACAGGGAUUUUGAUUGUGAGCUGCUCAAUCUUGCUUUCCCAGAAAACUCAGAAGUAUAAUAAAUGGUUGAAACACAUUGUUGAAAUAUGGAAAUAACCAUAGUUCUGAGGUAUAGCCUGCUGCAACAAAACAGCUUGUGUUUCAACAUCAUACUAAAACCAUAGAAGGGACGCGGGUGGCGCUGUGGGUUAAACCACAGAGCCUAGGACUUGCAGAUCAGAAGGUCGGCAGUUCGAAUCCCUGUGACGGGGUGAGCUCCCGUUGCUCGGUCCCUGCUCCUGCCAACCUAGCAGUUCAAAAGCACGUCAGAGUGCAAGUAGAUAAAUAGGUACCGCUCCAGUGGGAAGGUAAACGGUGUUUCCGUGCGCUGCUCUUAGUCAUGCUGGCCACAUGACCCGGAAGCUGUACGCCGGCUCCCUCUGCCAAUAAAGCAAGAUGAGCGGCGCAACCCCAGAGUCGGCCAUGACUGGACCUAAUGGUCAGGGGUCCCUUUACCUUUACCUUUAAAACCAUAGAGAAAUUUAGAUUUGAGAAUGAGCCUUGGAGAGCAGGCAUACUGCCCUCCCAUUUUUUCCUUUGACAAAUCUGCAAGGUCCUUUAAGAAACCAUUCCCCCCCCCCCCAACAUGUUGCUUCGGAGUUGUGCCAAGGUGAUAUUUUAGCUCGGCACAUAUUAUUCUUAGUACCUUUGCUUGCCUCUGUUCUUUUGGGUUAGCUUUCCUAGCCUUCAAAGUGGUUGGCAUGUGUUAAUGCAGGACUCUAGUCAUUUGAACAAAAUGUCCUAUGGGCUGUUGGACUUCUAACAUGACAGGGGUGUGGGGGAACCCUUUUCACCCCAAGGGCCACACAUUCCCUCAUGGACUGGGGCCACAUAUCCGUGGUGGUUGGGGCCAGUUGCCAAAAUGCUCAGAGUGAAUGGAUAUGACUCUUACCAUUUCUACACAUUCCAGCCAUGUAGAGUUCAGAGGUUUGUAUGUAUGCAAACACGCUUCUCCAGGCAAGCAAAGACACAUUCCAUCCAGCAGAAGCACUCAAGGAAUUGGUGAGCUGAGGAAGGGCGGUGUGACCUGGGAAGAGUCUCAAGUCUGAGGGUCAGUAGAGACAUCUGCAGGGCCCCAUUCCACCCCCAGUGCUCCCUGCCAGUGGGAGGUUCGCUAUUUCUGCCAUCUGGGCUUGUUUCAUCAGGAUCUUUACCUUUUCAGCUUGGAAAUCAAUCUCUCAGAUGAGGCUGCCAUUACUUUCAUGUGCUUAUUAAUGGACCUAUUCUAGAGUAUUUUUGUGCAUUCUCGAAAUCAGUCUUGGGACACCUCUGGCAUGCUAUGCGGUUUGUAAUCUUUAAAGGUAAAGGGACCCCUGACCAUUAGGUCCAGUCAUGGCUGACUCUGGGGUUGUGGCACUCAUCUCGCUUUAUUGGCCGAGGGAGCUGGAGUACAGCUUCCAGGUCAUGUGGCCAGCAUGACUAAACCGCUUCUGGCAAACCAGAGCAGUGCACAGAAACGCCGUUUGCCUUCCUGCCAAAGUGGUACCUACCGUAUUUUUUGCACCAUAACACUCACUUUUUUCCUCCUAGAAAGUAAGGGGAAAUGUCUGUGCGUGUUAUGGAGGGAAUGCCUACGGGUGGCGGGAGGGAUCUGCUGCAGUCGUGAGCAGAGGAUCCAUGGUUCCCCUUCCUUCCCUCCUCCGUGGCUCGCUUUGAAACAGCAAAGCGGGAGAAGAGCCGCUGAGUGGGGAGGAGAGAGGGACAGAGAGCCUGCUUCUUUAAAGGAGCAAAGCUCCUUCUUUAAAGGAGUAAGCGGCUCCUGUCCGGUUGGUUCCUUUAAAGCAAGCAGGCUCUCUGUCCCUCUCUCCCCCCCACUCAGCUCGCUACAUAGCAGCAAAGUUUUUCAGCUCGCUAAGCCGGGGAUGAGUGGGGAGGAGGGAGAAAAGCAGAGACUGCUUGCUUUAAAGGAGCAAAGUGGGAGAGGAGAGGAGCCUUCUCCCCUUAUACCCCUCUUCAUUAUUAGCAGCAUCCUUCUCCACCCACCCCACGCGUGCUCCUUGUCCCUUGAGUGCUUUUCCUUCCCUCCCCACUUAAAACGUGGUUACAAAGCAUGGAUCCACAUGCAUCCUCAGGAUUUUUGCACUGGGUCACCCCAAAUUCACCAUCAGAUCACAUAGCAUGUCCAUGGCUACAUCUUGCACCCCAAAAAUCACGCACCCACUGUUGCCUGGGGCCGCAGUGGUGCAAAAACGUGGUUACAAAGCAUGGAUCCACAUGGAUCCUCAGGAUUUUUGCAUUGGGCUACUCCAAACUCACUGUCAGAUCACAUAUCUGUGGCCACAGGAUGAACCACAAAAAUCAUACAUCCACUGUUUCGUUUAGAAUAUUUUUAUUUCUUGUUUUCCUCCUCUAAAAACUACGUACGUGUUAUGGUCGGGUGCGUGUUAUAGAGCGAAAAAUACGGUAUUUAUCUACUUGCACUUUGAUGUGCUUUUGGUUGGCAGGAGCAGGGACCAAACAAUGGGAGCUCACCCCAUCAUGGGGAUUCGAACCGCCAACCUUCUGAUUGGCAAGUCCUAGGCUCUGUGGUUUAACCCACAGCGCCACCUGCAUCCCACUUGUAAUCUUUAGAGGAGAGAGAUUGCCUGGCAUGCCCUGUCCAUUGAGGAGUCUGGGGAACGAAGACCACAGGGGUGUGCUGUGUGUCCUCAGGCUACUCACAAAAGGCUCCCAAAUCCUUGAAUUCCUUUCAUUUGUCUGACCCAUUUGGUUUUAAAGAUAAAACAAAAAGAGCCCACUAUUGCCCUGCUAUCAUGGGUGUCUUAUUGAUGGGUGUCUUAUUGAUGUAAGCCAGGUGCUAGGUUUAGGGCCAUCUGUCCCCCUCCACAUCUGGUCUUAGCAACUGUGUGUUUGCAUGUCAAUCACCCUUCCCUGGGGACCUGAGGCAGAUUGCCUUAUCAUGGCAAUAAUUAGCUGUUAUCGAUCCUCUGUCAGAGACAAGCGCUGUGACAGAUUAGUUUAUCUUAACUCACAGGAAACUCUGGGGAAGGAAAGGGGGGAAAUCAGGAAAGCGAGAAAAUGCUGGGUAAAAUAUUAAACGGUUGCUUAACUCGGGUUGCUUUAUUGUCCUGGCUAUGUUUUCAAGUUUGUGUCAUAAGCAAAUUGCUUUGGCCAAGUCUGCUUCAGUGGCCUCAAGUUGUGUGAAUGCCAGUUCAUUCCAAAAAUGUGCCCUUGGAUUCUUUUACUGCAUGGCUGGUAAUAAAUGGCUGUUGUUGUGACGACAGGUAAGUGGUAUGCCACUUUGAUUUAUGUCUGGCUUGUAGUAUGGUAACAGAACAAACCAAAUUCACACACUUUUUUCAUAGUUUACCCUGUUAAAUAAGUUCUGGAAUAUUAGCUUGUCCUGUUAAAUAAGUUAUGGACUACCAAUCUUAUCUCUCUCUUUAUCCUUCCUCCAAGUAGCUGACAGCAUCGUGCGUGGUCUUGCUCUUUUAGCACCACUGCAAAGUGUAUUACUGGGGGUGAUAUGGGAGAGUAUUCUGGUUCAGAUCAUCAUAUCUCUGCCUUUUUGGUCCUCCCAGAAAGUCUGAAACAAACCAUGGUUUCCUGGCUAGAGAAACUAUGAUUAGCAUCUCUCUGGUUUGAUUGCUUGAGACUUUGGGGGCGGGGGUGCAAAAAGGCUCACACAUAUAUCUUGGCUUAUGGAGCAGAGAGAUGAUUGUCCGAAUGCAGUCAAUAAUUGGCUCAAGGUUGCUCAGUAAGUUGCGUGACAAAACAGGGGCUUGGCCCAGAUUCUCUUUAGCCUUAAGACCAAACUAGAUGAUACGUGAUAAGCAUGAUCACAUUGUACUUUCAUUGUACUUUCAUGCACACGCAAAGCUUCUUUUAAAACCUCUUUCAAUGAGCCUCUUUGAGAGUCAGUACAUUAGCGGACCUCUGUUGCCAGUGGAGCAAUUAUUUCUAUUUCCGUUUUUUUGAUUAACUAACUUUUAUUCUGUCUCAAAUGACUAAACUAUGUUGCAGAAAAAAGGAGGAAAAUGUAGGUGGUAGAGUAGAAUUUCCUUUUCCUUUUUUUACCCAGGGGACUUGUUUUGAAGUAGCACAAUCUCUUAAUUAUAAAAGAUAAGAGGGAAGGCAUUGUUCUGACAGCUUAGAGCACAAAACCAAGUUUGAUGUGAUGGAAGUCAGGGGCUGAAAGCUGUAGGUCAGCACAGUUUGCUCUUAAGAAAACAAGUUCCUCUUCUAUUUCUGUAUCGUUAUUGUUGCUGUCAGCCAAAUUGGCAAUUUGCUUUAGUUUCCCAGAAAUGUGCGCUACUUCUGGCAUGGACUUCUAAUUAGGGGAAAAUUUUGGAAGCUUUUUAUGCUGGCAAUAAUAACAGGAUGUGUAAUAUGAUACUUGUAUCUCUUGAGUGCCUUCCUUUUCCUGCUGAAACAAUGUCUACUCGAUACAUACGCCUGCAUGCAAUUCUAUAUUACCCUCUUUCAUAUGGGAGACCUUUCUGAAAGGGUUUGAUAGCAUCUCUGGUCUUAGCACCUAUUUUUCCUUUUCCUAUAUCGGGUGCCAGCUCAGAUCCUUUCAGGAAUGUGAGAAAUGGCGACCGUUAGUUCUGGCUUUUGCAAUCACAAAAUGAAACAAAUCCAGAAACAUUUCAAAAACAAUUGCAAAACUCUUACAGGAAUAUGGGAGCAUGGAUACAUUUUAUCACUGAGCUGUUUCUUUUCAGAACUUGCUCAGGUUGGACAAAUGUGUGUGUUUAUGGAUCAGCAGUCUUCACGUUGUUGGACUACAACUCCCAUCAUCCCUAGCUAGCAGGACCAGUGGCCAGGGAUGAUGGGAGUUGUAGUCCAACAACAGCUGGGGACCCAAGUUAAAGAAACACUGCUGUAGGCAAUACAGUGGUACCUUGGGUUACAUACGCUUCAGGUUACACACUCUGCUAACCCAGAAAUAGUACCUCGGGUUAAGAACUUUGCUUCAGGAUGAGAACAGCAAUCGUGCUCCGGCAGCGUGGCGGCAGCAGGAGGCCCCAUUAACUAAAGUGGUGCUUCAGGUUAAGAACAGUUUCAGGUUAAGAACGGACCUCUGGAAUGAACUAAUUACUUAACCCGAGGUACCACUGUACUGAGCUAGAUGCCAGUGGUCUGACUCUGUGCCAUGCUGAUUGGAGAAACGGUUCCCCUGGUCAUAUCUGUGGUGUAUCCAGGAAUCGGACUGAGGCAUCCCCAGCAAGAAAAUCUUUAUGGGCCCCAACCCUUUCCCUGACCACCCCUCAUUUCAGCCUCAAGUCUAUCUUUUUCUAUUCCUCCGGGGAAGGCUGCAGUAGUUCCCUGCGAUGGGUCGUGGCUUCCUGACACAAGUUUUUUGCAAGUGGGAUCGACUUGGCAGCCCUGAGCUGAACUGCUUGGAAAAGGGAAGGAAGAGGGUGAUUUUUCCAAGCAUGUAAUUUUAAAGAUGGACGCACACCAGCUUUCUCUCCUGGGGGCCCCCUAUAAGUCUUCUGACUCAUUCUGACACACUUAGAGGGCAGGUUCUGAUUAUGGGUCAGGCAGCAGGUUUGCUGAGGGGGGAGAAAUCCCUGCAGGGAGAGACGUUUAUGUGCACUCGGUCUGAGCUCUUCUCCCUCGUGAAUUUGCCCUGUUCCCUCAGAAAUGCUCUGCUUCCAACACAGUCUUAGAUAAAUAUUAUCGUAUGCAACUCCCUAAUUAUCCGCCUGUGGAAUGUACUGCUUUUAGUAAUCCCAAACAGAUAACGCGGAUACAACAAAAAUGUAAACCUUCUUAUCCAACUCAGCACAGUUCUUUAAAAGGCUUGGCAGAAAUGAGAGAUGUCAGGGAAAACUCAUUAACCCAGGACUCCAAUAAAAUAAGCUUGAGAGGUAAGUAUUUCAAGCCUUGAAUUUUUCAACUUGGAUUUUAAACCUGAGCCAGAGAAGAAUUCCUGGCUUAUCCCAAGUUGAACCCCCAACCCCAAAUUCUACCCCCCUAUAACUCCGCUUACUGGCCAGCCUGGAGGUGGCAAAAAAAAACAAUAUCCCAGUGGUGUGGAGAGGAAGAGUUUCCUCUGUAUCCCCUCCCUGGGGCCAGGAUGAAAGGUGUCCAGUAGCCUUGAGGAAACAUAGUUUUCCCAAGAUCUAGCGGAAUGUCAGCAGCUCUUUGAGGGAAAUGACAUUUCUCUCUCUCUCUCUUUUUUUAGAAAAUCUUUAUUAACUUUCACAUAGACAAAUAUACAUAACAUAUAAUACAAAAGACGAUACAAAUGAAUAAAAACAAUAAAGUAAGACAUUUCUCAAGGCAACCACAGCCUUUUGUCAUGCCACACUACUGCACAAUUUACCAGAAACCAUAGAGGUGUGUUAGAGAGAUCUCCCUUUCCCCUGUGGUUGGAGUGUUGCUGCCACUGCACGGGGGCAGUAAGUGAUCCUUAGAGGGAAGAGAGAAAGGGGUUAAGUAGGCCUAGCUUUUUUGAGGGGUGUGUGACUUUGGCUUAGAAAUAAGCUGAAAUAUCCUCUGGUAUGUCUUGGCAGUAACUUUAUUUGGCUUAUUUCUGAGCCAGGACCAAAGUGAGGCACUAGGAUGGACUGGCCACCCAUUACAAUCCAUCAUCGAUCUUUCUCUCUGUAUCUUGCACUGUGUGUAUGUUGGUGGCCCUGGCUGCUCAUUAUCCCUUUCCUCUAUAGUUUACACAUCUGUCUCUUGCUAGCCUUCAACAGCUUUUGUGAGUCAGAGCUGAGUGGGAAACUGCUCUGUGUGUUCAGUCGGCAUCUUGCUGUCAUGGGCUGUUUUUGCGCAGGAACUGUUGUGAUAAAUGUGGUGCCGGUCGGUGUUGAGUUGACCGGUAGUAUUGUGCUGAUAGCAGUGCCAUAUGCUCAUUACAGCUUACAUAUUUUAUUUAUCUGUUUUUCCAAGUCCUCAGUAAAGGUUGUAAGUGUGGGCUGAAUUAUGAAAAAGAGAGGCUGGGUUUUUUGGGGGUGUGGGUAUGUGUAGGGAUUCUUUAAAGAAAACCAAACUCCUCUGCCUUAUAGCAGUGAAAAUAGAUAGCAGUUGUGUGGUUGUUAUCCUGCCCUCCCCACAAAGCAGGACUCCUUGAGUAUCUCUCUCCCAUUUUCUUGCAAUAACCCUCUGAGGUAGUCUCAGAGAACGAUCACACAGUGAGCUUCAUAGCUAUGCAGCAUUUGAACCCUAAACUUGCCAGCUCUUGUUCAACUAAACUAUCACAUCAUGCCUCCUGAGUCCGUGAGGAAAGCUGAGGAGCCAUGUCACCUGAAAUCUCAGAAACUGUACUGAGUUGGGUUUCCAACAGUUUAGAGAAUCGGGUUUUUUGCAGCUCUCCCUCUUGACUAGAUGCAAGAGCCCAGUAAAUAUGUAAUGUUUCUUGGUGGCUGAAGUAUGCUUAAGGAAAUGGGAGCUCCCAGUGGCCUCAUGGGUUCCCAUGUGCUGUCAUGCAACGGUUCCCCUACUAAAGUAUUGUUGCAAUGGUUGGGCACCCCCAUUUUCACUAACCAUAGUUGGCACUAAAUUGCAUGUGAAACCAAGGUUUGCAAAUGGUUGUUUGAAUUCCAGCUGUGGUUAUCGAACAGCAGUGGUGCACAUCAUCCUAAUGGUGAUGGUUUAGCUCCCAUGUGACAAGAAGAGAGAGAGAAUGGAAAGAAGGAUACGAGCCGAGGAAAGGAGGUAAAGACCAGGCCUUGGCUGUAGCCAUGUUGACAGUAUUGAUAGCCUUCAACCUCUUGCCCAGACAAGUGCAACAGUGAGGAUGCAGGUCUCAGCCUUGCUCAUCAGUCAAGCAGGUGAUGUGGGAACAGUGUGGGUGAUUAUGGGGUGGUCCUGUCCAUUUGGCCCCACUCACUUUUGAUUUGGCCUUGCACCCUCUCCCCCCACCCAGCAACAUGCAGCCCCCCCCCCCAAGUUGUAAACUUGGACCAUAGAAAUUUAGACAAUCUUGGCCUGAGGGGUAUAAACCAUCUGUGAGUUGGAGGCAAAAUUACACAGUCGUCUUUUCCACCCACUGUCCCAAGACCACAAAGCCCAGCAGCUCAAAGGCAGAUGAUCUUGCUUUGCAGGGAGAAGAGGUCUGAACCAUUCCCUGGCAUUGCCAGGUAGGACUGGGAGAGCACUCUGUCAGACCAAUGGUCUGACUCAUUAUAAAGCACUUUCUCAUGUUUUUAUGACUGCUAAUCGCAUUGCCUCGCUUGUAAUCAAGCCUGCAUUUGUCACAUCACUGGCAAGCUAAAAAGCAGGCUCCCUGUAUCCAGCGCUAAGGUUUUGUGUAGGCAAGCACUUAAAAAAAGCAAGUAAAUAGCAACACAAGUUCAUUAUCGGUUUGCUGAAUUUCUCUUUCUAACUGCUCUUGUUCAGACACGCUGUGCUGAGGCCAAAUAUAUAUUCAAAAGCAUAUAUUCAAAGCGUACCUGCUGCAUUGAGUGACAGCACGCACCUGAUGAGUUAUUUUACUCUUGCCUCAUCUUGUCUGUGCUUCAGCAAACAGAAAAAUGUCCCGCUUGAAGUAUCAUGCAUUGUAGCUAUGUACUAUUAGUACUAUCGGGCUUGGCAGGAGCCAUUAGCUAUAUAAAAAAAUACAAACGACAUGAUGUAACUUUUGAAGUGCCCACGCCACCCAGGUUUCCAGCUUGCUCAAGCUCUGCCUUCCCAAAUCAGUUCCACAGCCAAAAGACUCAGGAAACAGCUCUGGAAAACCCCAUGCGACGGGCGCCUUAAAGUUUCAUCCUGGCUUCUGAAAAUAUUAUUGGCAUCUAUCCAUUCCUGAUAACAGAUCAACUGUGCUAUGUUUGUGGGGGGGGGGUAUGUAUCCAUAGUUUCCCCCCCAAGAAGGUAGCUGAGUCUGAAACUACUCAUUCCCUCCUUUUACAGAGGUUCCCUCUUCCUCGCUUGCACCUUCUUCCUCCAUCACAGCUGCAUCCCAUUCUGGCUGUUUUACGGUGAAUUAGGAGAGGGUUAGGGUUAGGGUUAACUCCACAUUCACACCUUACAUUUAAAGCACUACGAUACCACUUUAAACCACCAUGGCUUGCCCCAAAUAAGUUAUUCACGGGGAAACUCUGGCAGAUGUAGCUGAUUAAGAGGAUGAAGGGUUUCCUAACAACUCUCAACACCCUUAACAAGCUGCAACUCCCAGAAUUCUUUGGGGGAACCCGUUACUAUUUAAGCUGCAUUCUUAGUGCUUUGAAUGUAUUGUGAGAUCUGCCUUAAGGUAAGCUAAGAGCAUGUGCAUUGCAUCCAGCUUGAAGGAUGUCGUUUACAAUGUGGUGUGUUUGUUGACUCUGUUUUCAGGACUGCAACUGCCCAGUGCUUGCCGUAGCUCACAGGUGGAGUGCAUGUUUUGCAAAAUGUCCAAAGUCCAGGCCCCAGCAUCUCUCAUUAACAGUUUUGAAUUUGGGGACUGGGAAGGGCUUUUUGGUCCCAAGAACUGGAAGGUCAACGCUUAGCUGGAACAAUACAGCUCUAGGCUACGUGGUCCAGUGGUUUGACUUGCUAUAGCAGCUUCAUGUGUUGAAAAAAAUGCAGGUGGUUCCAGUUUCUCUAUGCCCAAUUUCUCUAGGCAGAAGGGUGGGGGGAAAUCUCUGCUUUAUAGGUUGGAGAGCUGCUACCUAUUGCGAGAACUAACAUCAUGUAGAGGAAGCAUGAUAUGAUGGUAAACCACAGUGCCCAGAAUUCCUUGAGGAAAAGAAUUUGCUUCAAAAGUGCUUUAAAGGUAUUGGGUGUACACAGCCCUAGUUCUCCAUAAUUUAGAGAGAAUUCCAGGUCAUGUCAAGCAUGCAUCUGGCCUUAGGCAUCUUGUUUUGAACAACAGGGCACUGCUAUGUGUUUGUUCAUGCUGAUGAUACCCAAUGGACUUUGAACAAGAGUGAAAUUUAUCUGAACUUUCUAAAGUUGAUCCAAAAAUGGGUCUGAGUGUUGAAUUCUUGCAAUAUAUAAUUGCAUAGCUGAAUGCUGCUUUCUGCUGCCUUCUGCAGUCUUUGUAAAAAAUAUUGAUAACCAAUUUUGUUCCUCUGCAAGACAAAACAUUCCCCAGCCUUUUUCUAGCCUUUAGAAAGACUCUUGCUGUCUUAUGAGGAGAAACAGGAGGUCCAGAGUUUUUUUGCUUUUGGAAAAUUUGCAGGGGACAUUGGGUUAAAAUGAGUGUGGUCAAAUGGGAGGUGCUGCCAAAUAAUUGAGUUUUAUGAAGCUGUGGUUCUUUUUAAAAAUAGCAUAAUGUUCAUUCCUCUGCUCAGAUGACUCUCUUUGUAGCCAAAGACUGAUUCAACUAAUUGCAAAGAAAUGCUUUGGCCCAGAAGACCCAACCACAGUGCACUUGCUUUGCUGGCAAUGGUGUUAAAAAGUAAACAUAUAUACCCUGCGCAUAAAAUUUUAUAAUGCACUGUAGUGCAGUCUUAGAAAGGAUGGUCAAAACAGAUGUGAUGUGGAAAGUACUGGAUUGGAUCUCCUGAUGCAUUUAGUUUUCUUUUUUAAAACCAAGAGAGUGGGAGAAUUUAGACUGAGGCAGUGGGGUGGCUGGAACAGAUGUUUACCCUUCUUCCCUCAGAAUUAUGUUGUGUCUGUUUUCCUUCCUGCCCCCUGGUGCUAAUAGGAGGAUCAUGAAGAAUUUGUCUGGUGAAAUUGCCUGUUCCUGUGCUAGGUUUCUUCCUGCCCCCUUCCAACUGUUGUGUCUCUGGGGAAGGGUGUAGCUCAGUGGUACAGUUUGCAUGCAGAAUGUCCCAGAUUUAAUCCUUGGAAUCUCCAGAAAACACUGGGAGAGGCUUCCAGCCUGAAACUCUGGAAAGAUGGUACCAGCCUGUGUUGACAAAUACUGAGCUCGCUGGACCUGGCUUUGAAUAAGACAUGUCCCUAUGUUUGGUGUUUGUGAAAAGGGGCACAGCCUGGCGAGGUGUUUGAAUAUGUCAAAAGGCUGACUUGCUCUAGCUCUCUUUCAAUGCUGCUUUAGAAGUGUUGUUCAGUUCAAAUGAAAAUACAGUCAUACUUUGGAAGUCGAACAGAGUCUGUUCAACUUCCAAAACGGUCGGAAACCAAAGUGCAGCUUCUGAUUGGAUGCAGGAACUUCCUAAAUAAUAAUAAUAAUAAAUUUUAUUUAUAUCCCGCCCUCCCCAGCCGAAGCCGGGCUCAGGGCGGCUAACAACAAUAAAACAGUACAACAUUCUAAAAUCAUUUCAUUAUAAAAUUAAUUCAACUCAAAUUGAUGGCAACCAUUAGGCUAGAGUUCUGUGAAGAUUGCCAAAGGAGAGAGUCAGGCUGUGCCCUGGCCAAAGGCCUGGUGGAACAGCUCUGUCUUGCAGGCCCUGCAGAAAGAUGUCAAGUCCCCCAGGGCCCUAAAGCCAAUCGGAAGCCAAGGAAGCCCUAUCAGACAUUCGGCUUCCAAAAGAACAUUUGGAAACUGGAACAGUCUCUUCCGGGUUUCAAUCGUUAGGGAGCUGAUUUGUUUAGGAACCAAGGCAUUUGAGAUCCAAGGUAUUACUGUAAAAUAGAAUAAACACAGUGGAGCAACUACGAUGCAGCUAGCUUGCCACUCCACUGCAACCACUGCUUGCAAUGAAUGCUUUUACUUCUGUUGUUUUUCCUUGUGGUGCUGGUAGUUAGACUAGACUAGCCCUAGGAUACAGAUUGACCAGUUGUCUGAAUCCGUAUAAGACAUCUUCCUACACUGGAGGAAAGUCCCUGGUCUCUUCCGUGAGAUGCCUGGCUUAGACAGUUUGAACUUGUUUUAAAAUCCUGACUUGUUCUGAUCUUGCCAAUGCCAGUUUCUAGUUUGGAUGGUUGCGUGACAAUUUUCCUGGGUUAAUUGUUGUACGGGGUGGGUGUGGGUGGGGAGGGGUGAUGUGGGGAGAAAAAGAGGCGGGGAGAGCACACAAUACUUGUGAGUAUCUUGCCUCAUCUGAAUCAGGCCAGAGGCUCCAUGGGAAGAAGUCUUGGAAAAGAUCCCACUCAAGAAUCUGGAAAGAGGAAACUAGUCAGAGUAGACAGGGCCAGGCUUACAGACCUACGCCUUGGUCAGUAAUGAUGCAGCUUCCUCUGUGUGUGGGUGUUUGGGUGUUUUGGAGGAUUUUAAGCAGAUGGCCACCUGGCAUGGAUGCUUUAGCUGGGAUUCCUGCAUUGCAGCAGGUUGGCCUUGAUGACCCUCAGGGCCCCUUCCCAUUCUACAAUUUUGUGAUGCUAUGAUUCUGUAUGGGCCAAUGGCAUCCGCUUCUCACAGUGUAUUCCAGCAUCCGCUUCUCACAGUGGCCAACCUGUAGGAAACCUGCAAGCAGGACCCCAGCACAGGAGCGCUCUGCCUCCCUGUGGUGCCCAGCUUCCCCAUUCUAAUAAAUGGACUCCUUCAGGGUCAUGCCUUUUCAAUACGAUCACUAACUGUUUGAACCAAUUUCUUUUAUUUGUAUUCUUUUAUUUCCCUUUUCUUCCCUCCCCCUCCCCUUUUAUGAAAAUUACCCGCUCUGAGACCCCACAGCUAAUUCUCCCCUGGCCUCCUCGCUGGCCCAAGUAGGACCAAUUCAGCCAGCUAGCCCUGGGGAUCAUCUAAUGCUUAUUUCCCCUAAAUUGAUUGCUGAAUUUUGAAUUUUAUUGUUAUUCAUGUUUUUAAACUGUAUUUCAUACUGCUUUUACCCCGGGAAGGGCGGGGUAGAAAUAAAAAUUUAUUUAUUUAUUUAUUUAUUUAUUAUUAUUAUUAUUAUUAUUAUUAUUAUUAUUUAUUUCUGUCUUGUAACCAGAUCUAUGCCCACUUUGGCUUUUGGUUUAUAAUGGGAAACUUCUUCCGGUAAUGCCAGGUGAUUUCUGUUCAGUUCAGCGCUUUUCUUUUCUUUUCUUUUUUUGGCAUCAAACCAUCAGGCAUCACAGAAGAUUAAAAUGAAAACACUUAAAAAAACACCAACUACCUCCAUAACCCUGGCACAGCAUCGUCCUGUGCUAAAUUGGUACUAAUUUGCCUUGCUGCUUCUGCAGAAACAAUUCCUGAGCGGACAAUAAGGAACAGAUUUUGUCUAAAGUUGUUUCUCCCUAUGAGGCAGCUUCCAGCCAGAAAUAGGCUCCAAUACCUACUUUUAAACAUUUUUCUCCCCACAGGCUGCUGACCAGAAUUGUACAGGCAUUGUGCAAUCCAUUGGCAUUGUGUAUAUUUCAAGUAUAUAAACUAGUGACGUUGCCUGAAUAUCUACAAUUCAUUCUCUCUCUUACCAAUUUUUAGAGCCUGUCUGUGUGAAAGAGGAUGAUCUUUGCUGCUUGAAGUGACCGAUUCUCCAUCUCCAUAGUGAAUUGUAGAAGAAUGUGGAUUAACCGAAUUCCCUGCUGUCUAUUGGCAGUAGUGCACUUGUGUGUCCUGAACCAAUUGGCCCAGUGUCAGGAAACAGGUUGGUAUAAUUUGAUCUCUCUCACUCUCUCAUUACAUUUUGUACAUGCAUUGCAAUGUAGGGUUUGCAGCUGUGAAGGAAUCUCGGUUUUCCUUGUUUGUUUUCAAAAGUCAAGGUUCUAGGCCUUAAGACUAUAAAGAUUAUCUUUAAGAAUAAAAAAAAAAAGACUGUAAAGAUGAUAUUGAAAGUGGGUGGGUAAUGCUACGAGCCAGGAAUUUAAUGGGAGCUGUAGGGAAGAGGCUUUUAAGUGGGCAGAGAUUCAGUAUAGUCUUGAUAGCUUUUUGAUCUGUAUCACCAGUUGAAUAAAUAAAUGCAUGAGAAAAUCAAUGUAAAGCCACUUAAUUUUCAAGUUCCAUGUAAUCUUUUUCAAUAUAGAUGUUUUGGAUAUACUUUCCCAGAUUUUUUUUUUUUUAAGUGCAGAUUUGCAAUAACCUUGUAAUGAAAUGGAGUACAGAAAGCUAAAAAGGUACAUGGCUCCCCUGACCUGUUGGUUUCUCUCUAUCACCUUAUCUCCUCUUCCCCCAUCAAAUGGGGCAGCCAAGUCAGCAGCUCCUGAGAUGAAAUCUGCCGUCCCCUAAAUCUGCUUAAGACCACGCGGGUGGCGCUGUGGUCUAAACCACAGAGCCUUAGGACUUGCUGAUCAGAAGGUCGGUAUUUCGAAUCCCCGCAACGGGGUGAGCUCCUGUUGCUCGGUCCCUGCUCCUGCCAACCUAGCAAUUUGAAAGCACAUCAAAGUGCAAGUAGAUAAAUAGGCACCACUCUGGCGGGAAGGUAAGCGGCGUUUCCGUGCGCUACUCUGGUUUGCCAGAAGCGGCUUAGUCAUGCUGGCCACAUGACCCGGAAGUUGUACGCCGGCUCCCUUGGCCAAUAAAGCGAGAUGAGCGCCAAAACCCCAGAGUCGUACACGACUGGACCUAAUGGUCAGGGGUCCCUUUAUAUUUACCUUUAAAUCUGCUGAGAGCCAGUGUGGUGUAGUGGUUAAGAGCGGUAGACUUGUAAUCUGGGGAACCGGGUUCGCUUCCCUGCUCCUCCACAUGCAGCUACUGGGUAACCUUGGGCUAGUCACACUUCUUUGAAGUCUCUCAGCCUCACUCACCUCACAGAGUGUUUGUUGUGGGGGAGGAAGGGAAAGCAGAUUGUUAGCCACUUUGAGACUCCUUAGGGUAGUGAUAAAGCGGGAUAUCAAAUCCAAACACUUCUUCUUCAUCAACACAUACCUUGUUUACUGGCACUUUCCCCCACUCCCUGAAAACCUCUCACCCCAGGACUCCUCCAAUUAGUUCCUCCUGCCUUUCUGGCUUGCCACCCGGUAAUCAGACGUGGGCAACUCACAGUUCAGAGUGGCUUUUGCUUGGCUAGUUCCUUUCCUGUUUUGCUCCUCAUUGUGGGAGGAGCUUCCAAGUUCCAGCCUUUCUAACAGAAUUUCAACUCACUUGUUGGCUGUCCCAGAUCUUUAUGAGAGCCAGUGUGGUGUAGUGGUUAAGAGCAGUAGUCUCGUAAUCUGGGGAACUGGGUUCGCGUCUCCACUCCUCCACAUGCAGCUGCUCGGUGACCUUGGGCCAGUCACACCUCUUUGAAGUCUCCCAGCCCCACUCACCUCACAGAGUGUUUGUUGUGGGGGAGGAAGGGAAAGGAGACUGUUAGCCGCUUUGAGACUCCUUUGGGUAGUGAUAAAGUGGGAUAUCAAAUCCAAACUACUACUACUACUACUACUACUUCUUCUUCUUCUUCUUCUUCUUCUUCUUCUUCUUCUUCUUCUUCUUCUUCUCCUUCAGAAAAGCCUGCUGGAUUGGGCUAAUGGCCCAUCUAAGACAGCAUCCUGGCAGACCAGAUACUUGUGGGAAACCAGCAAGCAUGAUUCAAGCACAAGAUCACCCUCCCCUCCUGCGGCUUCUCAUGUGGCUUGUGUAGUUUACCUUAGGGAAAGCCCAGUUCCGUCUUGAAUGGUUUUUGGGCAUGCGUGCGUGUUCUGUGUGUCUGGUUUAGUGGACGGCAGCUGCCAAGGUUGCUGUGCCCCUCGUGGCACCAACAGCAUCUGAAUGCCAGGAGGAAAAGGAGUUCAACCGAGUUCACUACCUUACUUGGAUUGCACGGCGCACAUCAAAAGUCAUUGUGGGGAAGCCAUGUAAUUGGUAGUGACUCAUUGUGGUGCCUUGGAUUAUUUUUAAGACCUAAUGAUGUGGUCAGUUGUACAUUAGAGGUAAUGCUUUGCUUCCUCUUGCCAGCUUGCUUUUGAGCUCUGAAGACUUUUUCAGAGACGAAGAAAAGCCUUCAUUUUGGGGAAUAUGCAUGUUUUUCUUUUAUGUAAAACAUUUACAUAUGCUGUCCUGUGAGAUGUUUAGUUGGUGAUACAUCGCGAUGUUGAAAAGCUGAUAUUGCCCAGCCCUAACCUCCCCUAUUUCUCCAGCAUCCAAAGUCUGGAGAUGUGCUCCUUCCAGGGGCUUCUUACCCAUAGAGCCUAGUGGUGCGGGGCGCCAGUGCACCACGUUUUGGAGGGUGCCAGGGAAGAGACAGAGGCUGGACGCAGCGCCUCCUGGCAUCAGCUCGCUGCCCUCUCCCGCCUCUGCCAUGCUGCACCAAAGCAGCGCCUUCAUCUGCCGUGCCCACCAUGGCACAAAGCGACCAGCUGAGCUGGGAGGCAUCGCAUACAGCCUCCGCCUCUUCCCCAUCAGAGGAGCCACCCUCCAGCCGCUGCCUGCCUCCUCUAGCCCCACCGGCAGUGCCGUCCUCCCUAAAAAACUCUGGGAAACGUGGGGGAGCUUUGCAUCACACUGCCAGAUAUGCUUAAGACGGCCCUGACUCCUUCUGAGCUCGGAGAUACUGCUUAGCUCAGAGGUUUUCAACCUUAUUGAGUCCACGGCUCCCUUGACCAAUUGCCUUCUUUCAGCAGCACCCCUGUGGGGCUCGGGAGCCCAGUUAUGUCACCCCUUGCCUGCAGAGCUGGCAGCCUCUCACCCUCCCUUGUGGAGUGUUUCCUCAGCCUCCUCUCCUUUCCACUCUGCUUGGGUCUCGUGAGUCUCUGAGCUGCUCUGCCUGCCCCAAAGAAAGGUGUCUCCUCACACUGCCCCACAGGAGACAGACAAGUCCCCCUGGACUUGUCUAUCCAUUCCCAACAGCAAGGGCUGUAGGCUGGCUGGCUGGGCUCCCUCGCCCACUUGCUUGCUUACUCUGAGGCCGCCUCAGCUCCUGGCACCAGCACCCCUGGCCAGCCCCAGAGGCACCAUUCGCCUGUGGAGUUUGUAGCCAGGGCUGCUGCAACAAAUAGCUGUGCAAGCCUUUGGCAGGCAGAGAUGCAAGAGGGCAUCAGAGGUGGGAGGGAAGGAAAGAGGGACACAGGCCAGUGUUGCCCGCGGCACCCCUGACCGUCAUUCAAGGCACCCCAGGAUGCUAUGGCAGACUGGUUGAAAACCACUGGCCUAGCUAGUUUAUAGAUUUAGGCAAUAUAAUUAAGUACAAUAGAAGAUGAAGAAAACCUGGGUAAUGAAUUAAAAAUAUAAACAACAUUAGAAAACAAGGAAGAAAAAGGAAACCAACUACAGUGUUUUUUUAUCUUAUUUCUAUUUUGUAGUUCUAAAAAACCUAAAAGCUGCAAGGUGAGAGCCUUUGAGUUACGUGGGGAGCGAGGUGAACUUUGAGUACAUCCUCAGUUGUUUUACUCCCAGCCUGCCCCCCCCUUUCAAACCAUGAAACUUUAUUCAGUGCAGCUGAAGAUUGACCACUUGGAUUAUAGUCAAGCUUCUAGCUGUGUUUAAAAGGAAUGAGGCAUUUUACAAGGCGCAAGAAGCCAAAACACAUUCCUGUCCAGCCGUUUCCCUGGGUUGAAAUGCUUGGUGAAUGCAUUCUGUAGCAACAUAUUGAAAAGAUCAGGCAGCUGUCCUCAUGGGUAUAAAGGACACUCUUUUUUUAGCUCUUAAACAAAACUGAACAAAAUGGUUUUCCUGGCUUCAUGUCAGAAGUCUCCAUGUGGCCUAGUUUACAGAAGGCAAUUCUCUAUGUGAAGGCAUCCUAUAUUUGAAGGGUUAACUGGUCCAGUUCUGGCUUAAACAUAAAUAACGAUAUUUAUGGAGGAAGAGCCAAGGGUCCAUUGAUUGGCUGUGAAUAUGCUCCUGUUUACUUCACAUCCACUGUGCUUCGAUUUCUGGUUUGGGAAGCAGUGGGCACACAAUGUUGGCCACAAUCCAUAUGGAAUACUGUGUUUUGACGAGUUUCCCCCCUAAAUCAGAUGCAAUCCCAAUGGAGAAAAAGAACGGCCCAGCUAUGUUUUAUUUAUUAAAUAAUUAUAAUGUUGAUAUUUAUGUUCAUGGUACAGCAGAUAAAUUCUGAGAAAACAAUUAUUACAACAGUAAACAACAAAUAACAUGUCCCGAUGAAAUUACAGACUUUUAUCAUGCCAUACCCAGCUAUGUUUUAAGCUGGUGGAGUGUACACAAUCAAAGUCAGAAUUUAGACAGCAGAUUGACAGAGGGUCUCAAGUCUUCCUCGCUAUAGUGACAUGCAUUUUAUUUCUGUUUUAUUUUUGCAAAUUUAAAACCACUUCAAAGCUCAAGGCCAUCAAAGAGGUGUGCAGCAAGAAUCUUAAAAUGAUAUCUAUCUCUAUAUACAGACACAAACAAAUUCUAGAAAUAAAACCAUUUCUACAAGCUCUAAAAACAAUUAGAACCAUACUGAACUAAUUUGGGUUGGGGCUAUAUGUAGAAUGGGAGCCGAGAGCUGCUCAAUUAACCACUGUACUUUUUCUUAAACAAGGUACAAAUAUCAAUUGGUUCCUUUAAUUGAAGAAAGUUUCAGUUCUAGAUAAACUUAAAGGAACUUUGGCGCACACAGAUGAGAUUUCACAUAAAGCAGAUAGUAAAAUACUUCCUGUAUUUUAUUCUACUUUUUGGUUGCGGUUUGUGGCUUGGUGGUUUGUGGCUUCUGCUACAAUAUAGCAACUUGCCCCCCCCCCCCAUUAGUUACCAGUGUUGGUUGGUAUUUAGAGUCCAAGCAGCAACUUUGAACCCUUUUCAGCCCUGGGGACAUUUGGAAGACUUACGAAACUGUUGGUGGUAGAAUGGAGAUCUGUUCAGGGACAGAGUGAAAGAAAGCGAAGGAUGGAAGAGAGAGAUUGAAAUGUUCAUGUGAGGGGAAAAGUAAGGCCUCUUUAAAGGGGCCCAAAGCUUUUCUAAGGAGAAAAGUGCCACCUUAAUGCUCAAGAAGCUUGCAGUCCUGGCAGUGGAUGGACAUUAAAGGUUUAAAAUGGUGCCAGUCAGCAACAGUUUGUCUAAAUUGAAAUCGUGGAGUUGGAAGGGACCCUGGGGAUCAUCUAGUCCAGCGGUUCUCAGCCUGUGGGUUCCCAGAUGUUGUUGGACUACAAUUCCCAUCAUCCCUGAGCUCUGGCCUUGCUAGGGAUGAUGGGAGUUAACAUCUGGGGACCCCAGGUUGAGAACCGCUGAUCUAGUCCAACCCCCUGCAAUGCAGGAAUAUGCAGCUGUCUCUUACGGGGAUUGAACCAGCAUCCAUGGCAUUGUCAGCCCCAUGUUCUGACCAACUGAACUAUGGCUUUUAAAAAUGCAUCUUUCCAGGAGAGUAAGGGGGAAAGAAAUCCACCUAUCUCUCGAACUCUUCUGAUGGGAGCCUCAUGCCCGCUGGAACUGCUUGCUUAGUAAUUACGAGGAGGAGAAAAAGUAAUGAGUGCUAUUUAGGGUUCUCAUACCAUGGCUUAACACCUCUAGAAGAAGUCCAGUGUUCUUUUGUUUACUUCAAAUUUACACAUAAGGGAGGAUGAUCAGAGAUUUACACUGGAAGGAGACAAUCGCCUGGGCCUACCAGGUGUUACAAAUCAGCUGGCUAGGAAUGUGAUGGAGUCUCUUCUCCAGGCCAAAACAGAGGUAUCUUCUCAGGGGUGCUUUGUUACAUUGGGGCAUCCCCUUCCCCUCUUUUUGGCUACCUAUUUCCCCAGCCCCCCCAACCUCCCAUCCACUUGAAUUUAGCAGCAGGAAUGGUUUGGGCUAUGUUGCUUUCCAGGCUUCCCAGUGGUGCAUGUUGCUGCCAGUUACCAAAAAGGGGAGGGGAAAUGGAGUUUGGCAUCUGGAGGGUUGGAUUGGCUCAGGCUCUGAACCUGCACUGCACCAAGUUCCCCACUGGCUUGCCCCUCUCCUUCUCAGUAAAUGGCAGUGACACAGGGUGUUAGGAAGCCAGGCCUGGAACACAGCCAGUCACAGUUGUUGCUGGAAAUUUGGGUGGGACCCAUAUAUUGCCCAAUCCUUCAUGGAAUAAUUCUGUACUUGUGUGGCCAUUUCCCCCCAAGUCAAAUUCCUUUAAAGCACCAUGACUUUAGACACUAAAAUAAUUAGAACUGUGUUUACUUGUUCAAUAAUUGUUUUUUAUUACAGCUUUCCCCAAAGAAUCCUGGAAGCUAAAAGAAUAUGGCAAGUGGGCUGAGUAUUAUCACUUAGGGAUCACUAGCACCCCCCUCACAGUUGCAGCUCGCAGGGUUCCCCCAGGACAGGGAAUGACUAUCCAAGCAGUUUGUCCAUGGUGUAAAUAUGCUUCAAAUGUGUUUGGAAUAUUUGAGCGUCCUGGCUAGACUGCUAAACAGCUGCAAGUGUUCUUUAAAGUUUCAGACUGUCCUUCAUUUCCUCCUGUUGGAAAAUGUGUUUGAAAACAGGAAUGUCGGAUUGAGUUUGAUUUUAUUUCAGAUUUCAGAGCACGGAUUUCUUCUGUUGUUCCAUUAAUGUUCAAUUAUCUAUAGGGAAAAAAUAAUAAUGAUACUGUUCAGUAACAUUCAUGUUCAACCUCUUUUGUGUUGUAAUUCCAGAUCCGUCACACACGCCUCAGAAUUUGACAUGUGUAACACACGACUUCAAAACGGUUAUCUGCACAUGGACAACUGCCUCCACAGCUAGUCAUGGAGUGGAGUAUUCUUUCUGUCACAGUGGCAGGUAACACUGAUUUCCUUUCCUUCUUGGGCAUGAUGCCCUAUAAGCUAUCUUCCUGGGUGAAAUUUGUAGUCAUUGUUUAGUAAGCUGGAGGGUGGGAGAGCCAUAGCUCAGUGGAGGAACAUCUGCCUUGUGAGCAGAAGGUCUCAGGUUCAAUCCCCAGAAUCUCCAGGUAGGCCUGGAAGAGACUCUUGCCUGAUAUUUUGGAGGGCCGCUGCCAGUCAGUGUAGACAGUCCUGAGCUAGAUGGACCCAAUGGUCUGACUCAAUAUAAGGCAGCUUCCAGUGUUCCUAAGCUGGAGUAGAGAAGAGCUGAACUAUAGAUCCACAACUUGGAUCUCAUCACUGUCAUGAACCCCGGAGGUGGCUUUAGGCCUCAACCCCCCAAAUCUGCAACAUACAGUGGUACCUCAGGUUACGUACACUUCAGGUUACAUACGCUUCAGGUUACAGACGCUGCUAACCCAGAAAUAGUGCUUCAGGUUAAUAACUUUGCUUCAGGAUGAGAACAGAAAUCGUGCUCCGGCGGCGUGGCGGCAGCAGGAGGCCCCAUUGGCUAAAGUGGUGCUUCAGGUUAAGAACAGUUUCAGGUUAAGAACAGACUUCUGGAAUGAAUUAAGUACUUAACCCAAGGUACCACUGUAUAGAAAAGCAGUGCUGUCUUGACUUACUGCAGACGAUGUUAGUUGUGGAAAAGGUGGGCAUGGCUUGUGAGGAAUAGCCUGCUGGUUCAAGUCUGACCUAUAGGCUAGGGUUUCCCCAUACCUGUUUUAACCAUUCCUUCUCUUGGGAAACAUACUCAAAACCGGCCAAGCGCCAACCAGGAAGAACAAACAUCCUGGGCUUCCCCUGCCCCCCCCCCAGUUCUGGCAUCUCUCAGGUGAGCACCAUUGCCAUUCUGAGAACGAGGGAGGUGUUCAUGGUGAGUUCGGGGACCUCUUUUUCUAGAAAAACAACACUGCAAACUUCCAAAGAUAAAGAUCAUUGGAACAGAUCCAUUUGGCCUUUCCCAGAACUUUCAUCCCCAUCCACGGGCUAAACUCACCCAAGCGACAGCAAUAAGGCAAUGUGAGGAUACCUCUGCAUUAUCAACAAAAUGGCCAAGUCGAGACAAGUCAAGUGCGAGGUCAAGUGUGUUUAGCAAACAAGCCACAGCACGGUUGCCGAGCAGCCCGACUUUGUCAGAUAAGGGCUUGGAUCCGAUUAAAUCUCACGCUACUCGUUCCACUGUAUGACACUGAGCAGGUGGAAAUGGCGGUGAAGAGCAAUCACAGCAGCGGAAGAGAAACUUUGGUGUGAAGUAUAGGGAAUACUUAGUACUCCUGGCAUCAUAUGGACACCAAGUUAUUUCCAUUCCUACGUUUUAAUAUGACUUUGUCAGCAUCUUUUGUAAGCCGUUCUCAGAACCUUUUGGGACCAGAGCCAUAACUAAAAGAGAGCCAAGGAGCUGAAUGGCUAUAUGCAGCCUGUGUUGAGGGGUGAAUCUGGGACUUUCUUACAUGCACAUGUCUGGGCUCUUAUCUAGAUAUGACAAGAAAAGUCUAGGCCAGAGUCUGCUGCAAACCCCAUCUCAUUUGUCCUAUCAAACAGGGUGGAUUUGAUUUAAAUCAAAUUGAUUUAAAUCACUAGUCAGUAAGACUUGAUUUAAAUAUUUUUUUCACAAAAAGACUUAUUAUUGCUGGUAUAAUCUUAAUAUUUACAACCAGAUGGUUUCAUUUUUGGAUAAUAAAUUUUCAGAGUAGCUUUUACAGUUAUAUCAAAAACUACUGAUUUGGUUAUACUAUUGGAAAUACAUAGACAGAUAAUUAUGAAAUUAUUGUGAGGUUUAAUAAGUUAAUUGUUUAUAUUUGGACAACUUUUCUGCUGUACUUUCUGCUGGAAGGAGAAAAAUAAUCAUUUCCUUAAUAACAAUUUAAACCAUUUAUUUAACUAAAACAAUAACAUUAUAGCAUAUGUAUACAUGUUUGUUAAUUGAUGUGGUUAAACAGGUUUUUUUUAUUAAAAAAAACUUAGACUGAGUUUUAGCACAUACGAAAAACUUAAAACAAAUCCUUAUUUCCUUUGGACUAUAAUGUAACUUAAAUAGAAAACAAUCUUUAGGAACAUUUUUCCUCAAAAGCAUUUUAUUUUAAAAAUCCAAUUUAAACCAAAAAAAGUCAAUUUAAAUAAACAUUUUUUUAAAAAAAUUAUGUUUUAAAAUCAAUUAUUUUUAUUCACGCUAUCAAACCAGUCCAUGGGAAGGGUGUGCAAUUCAGUCCAAAGGAUCUAUAAACCCUUUCUGAGGACUUUUUGAGUGCAAUAUUUACAAGCUGAACAAGGUGAAAUAUUUACUGAGGGAUUGCUCGCUCUUUUUUCUUCCUAGAACACUGUAAAACUGCUUGAAGAGCAGCUCACAAGUACAGCACCUGGAGGUUUUGGUUUAAAUGCUUUUAAAAAUAGUGUAGGGAAAGGGAAAAAAUGUGUAGGAAGCUCCCUGUGUAAUUGUCCAUAUAUGAAGGGCAACUGUAUGUCUUUUAAAAAAGGCUCAGCAGUACAAAAAAAAGGAUAUGUUUCAGCACUACAACAUUUUCUACCCACAAUAGGCCCUUUGUAUGUAAAAUUACAUAAGAAACUCUGAAAUGGCUUCCUUUGCUUUUUUCCAAAUAUUUUUUUAAAAAUUUUACAUUGUGUGUCAGGGCUGCAGUGUUCAAGCAAGUGAAAGAGAACAAGGUGCUGUACAUAUACCUCAAUUUGUUUUGUUUUUUAGUGUGUCGCUGUUAUGUACUGAAGUUCUCACCCUGGGCCAGUAGGGGGAUGCUGUAGAUAGUUAUGCAAAUAAGGGAUCGAAAGUGACGUUCAGUGAUUGGAUAGUUUUAGAAAGUUGUUACAGUAACGUACUGGAGCUCUAUAUAAGCAGGCUGACUGAACCCUUCAGUUCUGUUCUGUCCUGGCUUGUGAAUAAACAAGAGCUGUUUGAAGAAUCGCUGUGUCGUCGUAUGUUCACCCACAACUUAACAGUCGCCCCCCCCCUGCAGAUUUUUUAAGGACUUCUCUGGAGUUAUCCUUAAAAAAUCUGCAUGAGAAGGCUGAAAGGCCCACUUCAAGACAUCCACAAGUGGAAGCAAGGCAGUAAAGACUGAGAUAGAUUUGCCCAUCCCUUGCUGUGCACCCUGAACUAUGGCUCCCAUCCCCAGAUAUUAGUAUGGGGAUAGCAAUGACGGGUGGGGGAGAGAAUAACUUGGGAUCAGGGCGUCCUAAUACUCACACGUGCACACACCCAGCAUUUUGCACGAGUUUUCCCUGGAUCUCUUUUGGGAUUCAGUUAAUCACCGUGAUGAAAUAAACAUAGAUUUUAUUCCUGUGGCAAAAUUUUCUGUGGCUUCUUCCCUCGUUAGCUGCUCUGAUUUAAAAGCAAAACAAAUGAAGGAGACAGCUGGAACAUUUUGCCGUGUAAAUGCAAUUUCUGCUUUGUUCAUACAUUUACAACAACACACGUAAACAUUUUAAACUUUCGCUUUAACACCGCUAAGUGCAUAAUUUGGGUAGUGAAGGUGUUUGCUCAUACACAGUAAGUUUCAAUUCUGAAUUAUAAAUUGUCGCAACAUGUUUGAUGUUUUAUUCUGUUUAAUCUUCUUGUUGGAAGCCUCCCAGAUGGGUGGGGUAUGAAUAAUAUAUUUUAUUUUACAGUGGUACCUCAGGAUGUGAACGGGAUCCGUUCCGGAGCCCCGUUCGCAUCCUGAACAUAACGUAAGACGCGACAGCGCGUGCACGGGUUGCGUUUCGCCACUUCCGCGCAUGCGUGUGACGUCAUUUUUACAGCGCCACAGAGCGCAACCCAAACACAUUCAACCUGAAGCAUAUUUAUCCCGAGGUAUGACUAUUUUAUUAUUUUGGCAGGCUUUGAUAUGGAGAUACCAAGAGAGGGAGGAUGGCGCUCCGCAGACUACUCUGUUGUUGAUUUUGCUGGUCUUCCAUGAAUGUUUUUAAAAUGCUUGAUUGCAGCCCGUCCCUACCUGAGUUGUGACAUGACUAAUUUCAUCUUAAUUUCCCCCACCCCUCCAGGACUUCCUGCUUAACAACAAAGGAGAAAACGGCGCAGAUUGAUAAACUGAUCUCAUUUGCCUCUAAUCAAAUAAAGAUAUCCACCGUGAGUCAGUCUGGAAAAGUGAUAGCCGAAAACACAUUUGAGCUGACUGAUAAGGAUAUUGGUAAGCUUACGCUGUCUUUAUACAAAGUCUGGCCUUUCUUCUACACUGUUAACAAGCUGGCUCAGCUGAUGACAUCUCAGUUCAUCAUUAAGUCAAGAUACAUCCAAGCCUUUGAGUAGCUCACAGAGCCUUUUCAUCCCUCCUCUUUGCUCCAAGCUCCUAUAAUAAGUUAGAGCACUGAAGUUUCCUUUAAACCAUAUUUCCUUUAAACAGAAAAUCUACAAUACACCCUAUAGGUCAACCAAUGAGGUAGAGGCUCUAUUUCACCUAAAGGCCUAGUGUUUGGAUAGGGGAUCUAUGGCCAUCCAUAGGUUGUUAGACUCCCAAUUUCUAUCAGGCCUAGUUAAUAUGAUGAAUAAUGUUAUAGCUGUGAGAGCCAUAUUUUGGCUCACUGUGAUGUGUGGACCAGGCAUGAGCCUAUAUAAAAAUGUAACAGACACAUUUGAGAUAGUUGCAUGGGUUAGGGUCCCAUGAACUGUAGACAUUAUACUCAGUUUGGACCUCUCUAUCCACAUGGAAGGUGACUGUUCCUGGUCUUCUAACUCAUACACAUGUGAAGUGAAGCAGGGUGGCUAACAAGCAGAGGGUCUCAUUGGUGGUGGCGCCUCAGCUUUGGAGCAGCCUCCCCAGAUAGGCUCUCCUGUGUGUCUUCUCUGUGAUAUUUUUGGCACCAGCUGACAACCUUUUUAUUCAUCCAGACUCUACAAUUAUUUUAUGCUGUGUCUGACACAGAUGGCAGAAAACCUUCUUCUGAUUGGUUUUUAAUGAUGUGGAUGUAAUAUUUUGCUUGUAAGCUACAAAGCUUGUUAAGUUACAACCCGGGGAAUGUUUAUUGAUGGGCAGGUAUACAUAUCUGAUAAAUAAAUACAAAAUUAGUGUGCAGCCAUGCCUUUUCUCAGUCUCUUUCUGUCACUCAGGACCUAGGGUGUUGCAUAAAAAGUUAUAUGUUGGAGUUUUAAAAUUUGAUGGUCUCAGAUUUCAGUGCGUAGCACAAAGUGUGUGAGUGUGUUUGUAUGUAAUCAUCAUAUCCCCAGAAGUAUAGUCCGCUUUGGGGCUUUGCCCCCCAUAAAACCAUAUUGCAAUUUCUGUUUAAAAAUUGAAAGGGAGAGUUCUCCAUGUUGAGAAUACAGAGGUUGUGGGAUUAACUAGAAGCGAUUUUCUGUCUUGGAAUUCAGCCAGGCAGUAAUCUUCCACAAAAGCACCUCAUCUUUCAUAAUAAUUUGGCCUCUAAUUAUAUGUUUGGAAGUAGCCCAAUAUUGUGUGAGCAUAAAGCGCUCUCUCUUCGCCACUGCUCUCUCUAGCUUUUGAAACAGUAAUGUUUGACAAUGCUGUAAUGUUCAACAGUACAGGUUUUUCAGGGUCUUGCUAUAGAAGAGCAUGGCUUGGACGCUGCUGCCUCCCUUGAGGUACUUAUAGCAGAUCUAAGCUGAAAGAGGCUAUUGUGUUCUUUGAGUGCAGUCUGGCCAAAGCUGAGCACUUGCAAAUUCCAUAGUCGCCAACCAUGUGCUUAACUCCCUUCUGUUGGAAUCUGUGGAACUUAGCUGUCCUUAAAACUUCUCCUGGAUUGUGCCCCCUUUUUAAUAGGAAACUUACUGUAGGGCAGGGAUGGGCCAACUUCAGACUAGUGAGAUCUACUUUAUUUUUAUACCAGAAGAUCCACCUGGUGCAUGGUUUUUCCCCCCCCUUUUAAAGUAUAUCCUCAGUUGCUCUCAUCAGCUGAUACAUUCCUUCUGAGAGUUGCAUCAAGCUGGCUCAUGUAAAGGGUCAGGCACACUGUGAAAAAAUACAUAUUGGGGAAACCUUAAAAAAAAAAACAGUUUCGGGGGGAAUUCAUGUUUUUCCACACUGGACAAUAAGUGGAACUCUCCUUGUGGUAGAAAAACAGCUGAGGGCAUCCAACCUUAUGAAUAAGCACAAAGGUUUCAUGUAAAUAAUUUUUUUAAAACUCAGAUUGGGGAGGAGAAGCAGGAAUUAUGUGGUGUUCUUGCGACUGUUAUUGACACUAAAUUAGUUCUGAAUUGGGUUCCUGUCCCUUUCUCUUCCCCACACAGCCUUUGUCCCUCCCACCCCAGUGAUUCACAACCUGACUGCCAACUUCUUAACUGACAUAUUGACUCUGGAGUGGUACGAUGGCGGCUCAGCCUUUCCAAUGGAGAUGGAAGCUACUUGGCAAAUUCAGAUCCUGCGUAAAGAUCCCAUGGAAGAAGUUGCACUAGUAUGUGGUCCAUCUCUCUCUCUCUCUCUCUCUCUCUCUCUCUCUCUCUGUGUGUGUGUGUGUGUGUGUCUGAUGGCCUAUCUCUUUUUCUCAACUUUAUAUUCCAAUGCUUUCCAAAAAAUGAAGUGCCAAUUGUAUUGCUUGAAUUCAUUCUUUGUAUAUGUAGAGAUUGUGGUUAAUGUCAGAUAUGGGCUAGGAAGAUCUGAAUUCAAAUCUCUCUCUCUCUCUCUCUCUACAUACACAUACACACACACACACACACACACACACACACACGAAACUCACUAGGUGAUCUUGGAACAAUUGUGGCCUGUCAGCCUAACCUACUUUAUAUGGGUGGAGAAACACACCAAACAGCAUGUCAGAUUCAUGCUCAAUUCAGUUUCAUUGAAUUGAGAGCUUUUUUCAUACACUGCUUAGAAGUUAUUGUAAUUAAACUGAGUAUAUACAUUGUUUAAAUAAAUAAAUAAGUAAGUAAGUAAGUAAAUAUCUGCAGCUUAUUAGCCAGAAUCUUAAACCUAAUCUGAAAAUAACAAUAGGAAGCUGAAAUGUGCAGGUUUUCUAUACACACAGGCACACAGUGACAUUUCUUUUACAUCUUUAGGAGACCUAUCACUCCAACUUAACUCGUGAGGACAGCCUCCUUCGGUGGAGCUGGAAAUCCGACCUGGAUUUUCAGUGCACCACACACUAUGUCAAGAUCCGCUGUUUUUUCCGCGAGGACACAUAUCCUGGGGACAAGAAGUGGAGUGAAUGGAGCCAGCUCGCAAAUAUUCCCGGUAAGAUGCUCAAAAUGGGAACAAAAAUUGUGAGUCCCGAUGCACAGGAUGAUUGGUGUGUUGAAUGAAUGAAGGGUGCUGCAAAAUAAGUUGUUAUGUUUCUAUGAUUCUGUGAAAACCCUCAAGCAUCCCUGAGGCGAGGGCUGGUGACCUCUUCUUGCAGAUUUGAGAGUGUAUUGCCCUCCGUUUUCACAAUGUAAAUGGGUAAGCAAUAUUUGUCUGCCUGACCGGGUAUUUCGGAACAUCUUGCUGGGGGGGCGCUCCAUAUUUUUGCUACUGUAUUGAUUGACAAAGGACCCAUUCCCUUUUCCUGAGAUGAAAUGAAACGACUCCUCAAACACACAAUCUGUAGAGAAAAUGAGGACAAAGAAUGCUGUUGUUUGAAAACUGCUGAUUGGGAACAAUUCCUUCCUCUGUCUUCUGGCACACUUUCUUCUCAUCCCUGCUGCUUACCUCAGAACAAUUCCUGAGAGAUUGUGGCUACAAAUGUCAUUCUGCUGCUGCUGCUGAACUGAACUUAAAUUACCUAGAGGAUGUGGUCAUCCCUGUUCUUUUCUGUUUUUAGGGAAUGAUACGGGCUCUUACAGAGCAGUGUUUCCUGAAGACAGAGUGGUGCCAGUAGGUUCCAAUAUGACGUUCUGUUGUGUGUGGAAGGAAGGAGAACACCUGGACUACUUGACGUAUGACAUUCAGGUCUUGAAUUACUCUCGACUCUCCAACUGGAGCGUGUCAGGCCACGUCCAAAACGCUAUACCUGGGGGUUCUGGCAAAAAUGUAGUUUGUCGAUUGGAUGGGAUUAAAUAUGAAGGAAGCGUUCUCUUUGCUGGCUGUAAGUAUAUAAACUUUCGGAAUGGUCGCUUCUCUAGUGAUAGCUGCAAGUAACGUCUGAAUCAGGAGAGGCUGUGAAAGCUCUGGAUUGGUGGUUGAAUUGGAGAAGGCCCAAUAAAUUGCAUGAAUCCUGGAGACUCUUUGGGUGGGUGGUUCUUGUGUCUGGGAGAUGGGCAAGCUUAGCUGUUCUGGAUUGGGUUUCACUCCCUCUGAAGGAGCAUGGGGAUAACUUGGGGAUCCUCCUGGAUAUACAGGUGAAACUCAAAAAAUUAGAAUAUCAUGGGAAGGUUCAUUGGUUUCAGGAAUUCAACUUGAAUGGUGAAACUAAUAUAUGAGAUCGACUCAUGACAUGCAGAACGAGAUGUGUUUCUACUUCUCAGAGGUCCAAUCUUGCUCAAUUUGCAAUCCUUGUUUUGCUGAUUUCAUUGAAUAUUCUAAUUUUCUGAGAUUGUUAAUUUGGGGCUUUCAUCAGCUGUACGCCAUGAUCAUCACAAUGAUCACAAAUCUAGGCUUGACAUAUCUCGCUUUGCAUGUCAUGAGUCUAUCUCAUAUAUUAGUUUCCCCUUUGAAGUUGAAUUAGUGAAAGAAAGGAACUUUCCCACCAUUUUCUAAUCUUUUGAGUUUCACCUGUAUCUGUGUGAUUAGAGGCCCAAGUGUUCCAUGUGGCUAGCAGUUCCUUUUUACCAGCAUUGUCUGGUUCCCCAGCUUAGAUGGGGAUAGACUAGCUACUCUAGUCCAUGCGCUGGCAACCUUGAGGCUAGAUUACUGUAAUGUGCUGCCCUUGGCUUGGUUUAGAAGGUCCAGCUGGUGCAGAAUGUGGCAGACAUAUUGCCGGGGUGGGCAUCUGGUUGGCAACAUUGGACGCCAUUGCUAAAACAUUCACACUGGCUGCCCAUCUGCUACUGAGCCAGGUUCCAAGGGCCUUGUUUUAUUCUACAAAGCUCUAAACAACCUUGGUCAUAGGUACUUCAGGAACCGCCUGAAUCCUGAUAUUCCAGCUUGAUCAUUGAGAUCAUCUGCAAGAGCAUUGUGAGCCAUUCCCUGAGCUGGCAAGGCUCAAGUUUAACAAAAACAAGAGACGGGGCCUUUAGAGUUGUUAUUUUCUGGAAUGCUUUGCCAAUAGAGAUUCAGCAAGUGCCUUCUGUUUCAACUUUUAAACGCCCAAUGAAAAUCUUUCUGCUUCAAAGAACUACACAAAUUUUAGAAGGCAUCUGAAGGCAGCCCUGUAUCAGGAUAUUUUAAUAUGUUUUUAUGUGUGUUGGAAGCCUCCCAGAGUGGCUGGGGCAACCCAGCCAGAUGGGUGGGGCAUAAAUUAUUAUUACUAUUACUAUUACAUAUUUCCAUGAUAGCUAGCUGGUUUCUGAUUUCUUCAUAUGUUUUUUAUUGCAUGAUUUUAUGUGCACUUGUUGUAAACUGCUCUCAUUUCUUUUGUGAAUAGUAGUAUAUAAAUAAAUAAGCAAAUUUCAGAUUUCUGUGAUAUCACAGAAGAGACCUUCUGACUUAAACACUAACUUCUGAAGAUGAAUGUUGAAAAGGGUUCAGCAAGUGUGUGCAUGUAUAUUUUAACUGCUAACACACACCCCUCCUUCUUUCUUCUUUCCUUAUAGACCCUCCCGAUGUUCCUCAGAAUUUUAGUUGCGAAACCAGGGACUUGAAAAAAAUAACCUGCUCUUGGAAACGUGGAAGGUCCACUUGGUUAUUUGGCCCAAAAAGAGGAACAUAUUACAGAUUUUCUGAAAGGUGAAUGUUAACGGUCUCCUUAAACAUGGUACAGUUUGCAGACAUGUCUUGUGAGAUACCCUUUUAUGGAUAAAAAGUACCAUUUGUUUUAAACUGCUUUUUAAGUCUACAGAAUGGGGCUUGCCUAAAAACAAGAAAUCUAAAAUCCCAGCAGUACUGUGUGCUUGUGCAGUUCAUAGUGCUAUAUGUACCACAUAUCUGAACUAUGAUGGGUGGAAAUUAUUGGUGCUUAAUUUUUUUUGCUAAGCUCAGGAUCAGAAACAAAUCUCAGGGAGUUAGUAACGCUCACCUUAGAGGAGAGUCGAGCAUGAGAGGCCCCUGAAUCCUUCUGUAGCUCAGAUGAAGUUGUCGUCAUGAGAAGACUUAAGGAGGGAAUCACAGGAGAACUGAUUGGUUGGAACCAGUGGCCACCCCAAAAGGAGACCCAGUUAGCCCAAGGAUCCUCCACAGAGGAGAAGAUGUUUGCCCUCUGGUCCAAGUUUUCCUUGCAGAUGGCUAUUCAAACAGUCAUCCUCACAAACCAACACAGCAGCUCUCUCAAAAACACACACACCCUCCCCUCCUUGGAAUAAGAAUUGGCCAUGGGGAUUAGAUUUUGGCUACCACCAUUCCCCAUCUCCCACCACAAAGUAGAUAUUCAAAGUAAUGAAUAGAGAUAUGGAAGUAGCCACCGAGACCAUGUAACACCGGUCCUGAAAGACCUACGCUGGCUCCCAGUAUGUUUCCGAGCAUAAUUUAAAGUGUUGGUGCUGACCUUUAAUGCCGUAAAUGGCCUUGGCCCAGUGUACCUGAAGGAGCGUCUCCACCCCCAUCGUUCAGCCUGGACACCGAGGUCCAGCUCUGAGGGCCUUCUGGCAGUUCCCUCCCUGCGGGAAGUGAGGUUACAGGGAACCAGGCAGAGGGUCUUCUCGGUAGUGGCGCCCUCCCUGUGGAAUGCCCUCCCAUCAGAGGUCAAGGAAAUAAACACCCUUCUGACUUUUAGAAGGCAUCUGAAGGCUGCCCUGUUUAGAGAAGUUGUUAAUGUUUGAUGUUCUAUUGUGUUUUUAAAAUUUUGUUGGAAGCCCGCCAGAUGGGCAGGGUAUAAGCAAUAAAUUAUUUUAUUUAUUUACUUACUUAUUUACUUACUUACUUACUUCUUUUCUGAACUAAUGCUAUGGGAAUGAAGGAAUGUCUUCCCAUAUCUGAAUAAGGCACAUCAGAGGUGCCAACUUGAAUAAAAAUUGGGGCAGCCCAAGUAAGCCUACCCUGCAUAAUCAUUCGAAAGGCAACUUCCGUCAACUUUGAGGGACCACGGCCCCCUCAAAUAUUUUAUUGAGGGGGGCAAAGUGACCUCAGCCCCUGGAGGUUGGCCUCUAUGAGGCACAUUAAGUCACCUCUUAGGUGUGCAUAAGGCAACUUCAUAUGUUCCCAUAGCUGCUGCUUUUCUGGCUGUGUUGACCUCUCCACCCCAAUCCCAGCUGCUGCUUUUUCCUGGCCUUGUUCACUUGAGUGAUCCUACCCCAUCAGAGAACAGAAGUAUGCCCUGAUGACAUCUAGUCAGUCAAACUUUGCUGUGCGGUAACAGCACUUAGGACAAUAUAAACAACAACAAAAUCGUUGUGCCAAAAAAUGGUUUAAAAGAUAAGGCCCUCUUGGCAAUGCUGGGAAGAAUUCUACAAAACCUUUAGCAGUCAAAAUCUAUCCACUGCUAACAAGGCCCAUUGAUAGUCCCUGGGGCUCAGCUAAGUUUUUAAUUUGGGUUUACUUAGUAAGAAUGGAGGAAAGGAAAAAUGAAGAGGAAGUAAAUAUUAAAAAUAUUUUGUGAGUACAUUAGCUGAGUCAAGAUAAUUACCGUAUUUUUCGCACCAUAGGACACACUUUUUCUCUCCUAAAAAGCAAGGGAAAAUGUGUGUGCGUCCUAUGGAGUGAAUGCAGGGGGGAGGCAGUCGGGAAAAGCCCCCAAGAGCCGCACACAAGCUCCGUGCGCUCUUGCGGGCUUUUCCCCAGGAGGGAGAAGGGACUGACUGGCCGCAUCAGUUGCUUCUCCCACCUCCCAGAAAAGCCAGGAGAAGCCGUGAUCUCUUUAAAGGGGUUGUGCAGCUUCUGCGGGCUUUUGCGAAAGGUGAGGGAAUCCCCCCACCUCCCAGAAAAGCCAGGAAAGCCCUGUGCAGCGUCUCCCGGCAAGGAGAGGCUGCACGGGGCUAUGGAUUCUUUAGCCCCACGCAGCCUCUCCCGGGAGAGAGAGGCUGCACGGGGCUAAAGGGGAAGCCAAAACAGCGAGCGGGAUCCAUCCCGCCCCCUGCCUUGGCUUCUUCCAUAGCUGUGCGCAACCCCUCCGGCAAGGAGAGGCUGCACGGGGCUAUGGCUUCUUUAGCCCUGCGCAGCAUCUCCUGGCAAGGAGAGGCAGCACGGGGCUAAAGGGGAAGCCAAAACAGCGAGCGGGAUCCAUCCUGCUCACUGCCUUGGCUUGUGCCAUAGCCGCGCGCAACCCCUCCGGCAGGGAGAGGUUGUGCGCAGCCUGUAGGCUGCUCUUUGGGGCUGGGGGGAAAAUAUUUUUUUUCUUGAUUUCCCCCCCCAAAAACUGGGUGCGCCCUAUGGUCCAGUGCACCCUAUGGUGCGAAAAAUACGGUACUCUUCGUCCUUAAAAAUGAAAGUAAAGAUGUACUUUUUACAAUUGGGGGUUUAGUUGAGAGGAACCCAGGACUUCUAGGUUCUUUCACACUUAAAUUCAACAUCUUUUCAUGAACGUUCCCCAAUUUUCUUAAAGCUGAUCUGACGCAAUCUAACUAUAUACAUCUUCAGCAAAUAACAAAAGGCUUUGAAUUAACUUUUUAUCAAAGGUAUUGCUUGGAUAUUGAUCUUUUCCCCCUUUAAAUUUUAAAUUUGCAGUGUAUCUGGGAUUAAUGUUACACUUUUCCAUAUAAAAUCCAACGUAGAAUAUAACUAUACGAUGCAAGUUCUGAACAACCAGACAGUCUAUAAUUUCACAGUCCAAGCUUUCAAUCAACUUGGUCGGUCAGCAACCUCCCUCUUAAUUGAUAUACAUCGUAAAGGUAAGAAUCUGUUUCUUGGGCUUACUGUAUUUUAGAAGUUCCCAUUCAGUAAUCCGUGCGCAACCCUAUAAUGAUCAUUUUACAAAAAACCAGAGAUAUCCCAUGUAUGUAUUCAACGUUCAUUAUGUAGUUCUUUUCUGUCUCAGUCAGAACUAAAGCUUAUUUUAACUGUUUGUUUUAACCGCUGGAUUUAAUCUGAUCAUUCUAGGGGCAUCCUAUUCAUAUAUUCAGGAUGCAGGUGGCGCUGUGGUCCAAACUACUGAGCCUCUUGGGCUUGCCAGUCAGAAGGUCGGCAGUUCAAAUCCCCGUAACGGGGUGAGCUCCCAUUGCUCUGUCCCAGCUCCUGCCAACCUAGCAGUUCAAAAGCACACCAGUGCAAGUAGAUAAAUAGGCACCACUGUGGUGAGAAGGGGAACGGCGUUUCUGUUCGUCAUGGUCCUCCGUGUGCCAGUAGCUGGCCACACGACCCAGAAAACUGUCUGUGGACAAAUGCCAGCUCCCUUGGCCUGGAAGCAAGAUGAGCGCCGCAACCCCAUAGUCUCCUAUGACUGGACUUAACUGUCCAGGGGUCCUUUACCUUUUACCUUAUUCAUAUAUUCUCUAAGGCUGCCUUGAAAUGGCCCUUCUAAUUGGGCAGCCUAAUUUGCAGACCAGAAAAUCAGGGCAUUUCAGGCAGCAUCAGAAGUGAAAUUCUGUUGGUAGAUGCCAUUAGUGAAAUGACCUCAUCGCAAAGUGUCAUUUCACUAUAAUGGCACCCACCCACUGGUGGCAGCAGUGUCCUGUCCCACAAAUUAUGUCCUUAUAUACCUUUAUAUUGGCCAGGCAAUUGGUGGCUCCCUUCCGCCACACUCCCAACUCCAAGCCAGAUGUUUUCUGUGGAUCAUUUUUUACUCGGUGUUAGGUUGUUCUGCCCUUGGGAGCAUACUUCUGAAUACUGGAAUGGAGAGGAGCAAGGUGAGUGCAGGGCAAACACACCAGCAGAACCUAUCUGAUGUUGCUGCCAGGAUGUUUGCAUCCUGCUGACCUCAUUGCUCCCUUGCUGCUACCCUUCUGUGUCCUGGUGUCCAGCGGUGGCUAAGGCAGAGAGCAGUCAGGCAAGCGAUACUGCACCAAGUGGCUUAUGUGAUUCUCCCGUUCCCUGUUUUAUCAUUGCAACAAUAACCCUGUGCAUUAGGCUGGGCUGAGACUGAAUGACUCAAGGUCAACCAGCAACUUUCAUGACUCGGAGGGUAUUUGAACAAGGGUGGAUUUGAUUUAAAUCACUAGUCAGUAAGACUUGAUUUAAAUCAUUUUUUAUAGAAAGACUCAUUCUUGCUAAUAUAAUCUUAAUGUUGACAACCAGAUGAAGGUUUCAUUUUUGGAAUAAUAAAUUUUCAGAGUAGUUUUUACAGUUACUGUAUAUCAAAAAUUACUGAUUUGGUUAUACUAUUAGAAAUACAUAGACCAAUAAUUAUGGAAUUUUUGUGAGGUUUAACAGGUUCACUGUUUUUCUGCUGUGCUUUAUUGGAAGGAGAAAAUAAACAUUUCCUUAAUAACAAUUUAAACAAUUUAUUUAACCAAAACAAUAACAUUAUAGCAUAUGCAUUCAUGUUUGUUGACUGAUGUGGUUAAACACAUGAAAAACUUAAACAAAUCCUUAUUUCCUGAUGUAUAGCCUUUGGACUAUAAUGUAACUUAAAUAGAAAAUUAUCUUGAGAUUUUUUUUCCCUCCAAAAGCAUUUGAUUUUAAAAAUCCAAUUUAAAUCAAAAAAAUCCGAUUAAAAUAAAAAAAUCUGAUUUGUUUUACUUUUUUUUUCUUAAUCAUUCAUUUUUAUCCACCCUGAUUUGAACCCUAGUGUCCCAAGUCCUCAUCCAAAACUCUAAACGACUACACCACAUUGGCCCUCCCUUAGCCCACCUUUCCGUACUGCACCUAGCACAUGUUUGGCAUGAAAUAAAUAAAAACAAGGAUUUGUUUUUAACACUUUGCAUCUUUUUUUUCACCAGUUCAUCCAAGACCACCUUCUCGGUUCACUGUGAGGAACGAAAGCCCAACUAAUGUCACUUUGUCGUGGCACUUGGAUGGCAAUUUUAAGCAAAUCAAGCUGCAGUGUCAGGUUGAAGUUAUUUGCGGGGAGAAACAGGUAGGUGUUUUCUGGUUUGCCUUGUACAUCAAUGGCAUUUUAUAAUAACUGGGUUGUGGGGUUUUGUUGUUGUUUUUACAAAUUUAUAAGCUGCUUCACAGCCUAACGCAAGUCAAAGCAGUCUGCAGCAAUGUGAAAUGUGAGAUAAAGUAGAAAGUCUAAAAUCAAUCAAAACCUAGAGGCCAGCCUGUUCCAGUGUUGCCUCUUACCGCUGGGUACCUAUAGGCUAGGAAAGACCCGUGUAGGAUCCAUGCCCAUGUAAUAGCAUUCAUCAUUUGCAGAAAGCCCACAAUUGUGGGAUUGAAUGCUAGAGGGAAGAGAGUUUACCACAUUGCUGCAUUAUAUAAGAAAUAAGCCUAUAAGCUUCAUGGGUCCAGAAUCUAUUCUGAACUCGUCUUGCUGCAACCUCCCUCCCUCCCCUUUUUGUUCAAUCUAAAGCACGAUGUAUAGAAAUGAUAACUGCCUCAGGGUCCAUAAAUAGCAACACCCUAGUGGUCCCAGGCCCUAAGGAAGUUAGAUUAGCUUCAACCAGAGCCAGGGCCUUUUCAACACUGGCUCCGGCCUGGUGGAACGCUCUGCCUCAUGAGACCAGGGCCCUGCAGGACCUGAUUUCUUUCCGCAGGGCCUGUAAGACAGACUUGUUCUGCCUGGCCUUUGCCUUGGAGCCAAUUUAAUUCCCUCCCCCUCUUUCUUCUUUCUUUUUCCUUUCUCCUCCUGUGAUGAGGCUGCAUUUUAAUAUUUUAAUGUUUCAGUAUUUUAAUUGUUGUAUUUUAAUCUUGUUUUUAAGUUGUAUUCAUUCAACUUGUUUUUAUUAUUGCUUGUUAGCCGCCCUGAGCCCGGCCUUGGCUGGGGAGGGUGGGGUAUAAAUAAAUAUUAUUAUUAUUAUUAUUACUUGUAGCAGUAAUAUUAAUGGUGAUUUAUAGCAGCGCAGUACUUUUUGUCAUAAAGAAAUUUCAUUUGUUUGUUUAAGAAGAAAAAGACCCUGAAUGUGCUGCUGGAUGGUGCAGAAAACUCCAUUUACACAACCUCCGUGAGCAAGUUGCGUCCCUACACAACAUACACUUUCAAAGUUCGCUGCUCAGCUGCUCCACCCCUCUUCUGGAAGUGGAGCGACUGGGUCGAGAAAACGCGGCACACAACCCUGCAAGCCCGUAAGUUUAUUGCAUAAUGGGAGAAUCCAUGGCCCUCCAGAUGUUGCGGAAGUGACAUGUCCCAUCAGGGAUGGAGAGAGCUGGAGUCCAACAACAUCUGGAUCCCUGGAGUAAUGGAACAUUCUGAAGUAUAGGCUUCAUCAGUCCUCUUAAUGAGUCAGGAAAAGUGAGCAAGAAGCUUUGGGAAGACUGUUCAAAAUCUAUUCCUUAAUGAAAACUCACCUGGAAUAUACAAGUGUGAAUUUUCAGAUUGCAAAUAUCUGCCCCCAGAGCUUCAUUUUUUCUUCUUUUUUGUACAUUUUAUAGCUUAUAAAAUUCUGAGAUUGAAACCAUAGCUCCAGUGCAAACUAAAAUUGCAAGCUAUCUUCAUCGGUUCGUUCUAAGAAUUACAAAACUAACAGUUGCGUAAUAAACUUACCGGAACCAAUUAAAAUGUUACAAAGCAGUGGGCAAGCCUUUGAGUUCAUCAUAACACUUUUUUUCUACACCCACCCUACAACCCCAUGGGCAACCUUCCUCUGAAGGAAACCUCAAACAAUUAGGGACUCUUACAAGUUGCUAAAAAACAAACAAACAGGGGUCUCUAUGACAUUUGGGGUGAAGAAAACCCGGGAGACACCAGCCUGACCGGGCACCAUGACAGUGUCCAGAUUAGAUGGCAUUCUGCUCACACAAGGUUUGAUACCCUUGGUUGAAUCAACAAACAUAGGUAGCAUUAAAAUCACAGAUCAUGCCCCAGUAGAAGUUACCCUUAAAAUAGGAGAAGAAACACAAACCACCCCAUCAUGGUCCUUCAGUCCCAUUCUAACCACAAAUAAACAAAUUGGAGAGAGUCUCACAAAAACUCUCAAACUACUUCAAAGAAAAUGAUAUCAACAAUAUAACAACCCACCCCACCCCCCGCUAUGGGAUGCAAUGAAAGUGGUCACCAGAGGAGCUUGCAUAAAAGAGAAAACAAUCCUUAAAAAACAAACCACCUCAAAAAUUAGCAAAAUAGAACAAGACAUCAUGGCCCUCUCAUCAUGCUACAAACAGGAGCUAAAAAAACUCCUUAAACUUAUAGAACAAAAAAGGAGGAAACUAGACUCCCUAGAAAUCAACAAAACAAUGAUCAACAUUCUAUACUCAAACCAACGCUUCUACGAGUGUGGAGGGAAAAACUCCAAACUAUUAGCAAACAGGUGUUGGAAAAAAUCACUCAAAACAAGAAUACAUUGCAUCACCAAAAAAGACAGCAACUUAACAUUCUCCCCCUCAGAGUUUUACCUCCAACCUACACACCUCCCAUUACCCACCUGAGGAGGAAAUCAGAAAAUUCCUAUCAGGACUGACCAUGCCAGCCUUAACUGAUGAGGAACAGGAAUUCAUGGACAGUCCUAUCACCCCGGUGGAAAUAGAUACGAUCCGCAAAAUCCUGAAGCCACACAAAGCCCCAGGCCCAGACGGCUUUACAGCAGAAUUCUAUAAGAAAUUCAAAGAAGCUCUGAUGCCCUACGUGACCCGCCUUUUCAAUGACAUCAUAAAAGGGGCCCCCAUUCCUAAAAUCUGGACCUCCUCCAAUAUAGUCUCCAUCCCAAAACCACUCAAAUACAGCCUCAAAGUAGAAUCAUACCACCCAAUCUAAUUAAUACACCAAGACUACAAGAUAUUCACAUUAAUCUUGGCCAACUGCCUAAAAAAUUUCCUACACAAGUUUAUAGCCCCAGACCAGACUGACUUUGUCCCUGGUCACGAUAUAACAGACCCCACCAGGACACUACUGAAUCUGAUAGAACACAGCAAGGCAACUAAGCUCCCACUGGCAAUUAUGUCCCUAGACAUCCUCAAAGCUUUUGAUUGCUUAGAGUUGAAAUACUUAUUAGCAGUACUAACAUGAAAUUUGGUCCCAACUUCUUACAAACCCACAAACAAAUAUACUCCUGAGCUUCAGCAAAAUGCAGGACUAGCAGUAUAGACUCUAAUGCCAUAGCAAUCCAAAGAGGCACAAAACAAGGAUGCCCACUGUCUCCCCUUCCUUGCCUCCCUUCCUGGCUCUGGAACCUCUAGCAAUCCGAAUCUGAGCAGCCACAGACAAGGGAGUGGAAAUAAAAGGCAGAAGCUAUAAAUCAGGGCUCUUUGCAGAUGACCUAAUGGUCACAACACCAGACCCCAUAAACACAGCAGCCUCCCUAAUCAGGGAACUCAACCUGUUGAGUGUUGAGGCUAUGUGCUUCAGCACCCCCCUUCAUACCCAAAAGGAAUUCACCAACAUCACCAAGAUAAAACUUUGCUGCACCAUGUUCAGAUACCUAGGGGUACAAAUAACCAACAAAUUAUACCUCCACAACUACAACCCCUUGUGACGACAAAUCAACGAAGACUUGAGGAAAUGGAACAACACUGCAACUUCACACUCUGACACAAUAGCCAUGCUCAAAAUGAUCACCCUCCCAAUCUGGAUUCCCCCAGCCCAACUUCACAAAUGGCAGAAAAAAUUACUCAUUCUUGGUUUUUUGUGUGAAAAGAUAAAUAAGUCCCAAAUACCUGCACUUCCCCUCUUCAGAAGGAGGAUGGGGAAUCCCCAACAUAAAAGCAUCCUACAUCACCAACCAAGUACGUCACAUAAUCCUGUAAAUCCUAGAUGAUGAGACGGAAAAAUGGGUACACCUGGAGAGAGACACAAUUGAAAACACCCGCACCUCUGCAUACCCAUUUCUCCCAAACUAAGGAAAAUCCCCACAACACAUCACACAGACCAUGCUUAAAGCAUGGAAAGAAGAAGUAGGUAAACUGUCCCCAACCCCAUUCCCACCAUUUCCCCGGCACACCACCCACUAUUUCACCAUGCAGCACAAAACUUCCAGAUAAAACCAGGCGAGCCAAAGGCUUAUACUGCCUAGCAGACUUCUAAAAAAAAUAACAAACCCAUAUCAACGCAAGAAAUACAAGACAAACUAGGGGACACCCAAAUGUCCUGGCUAACAUACCACCAAUUACAUGCCCUCUUAAAAAAAUCCAUUAGUAAAAUCAGCAGCAACUAGGCCCUUGACAACCUUUGAAAACCUCCUAACAACAAAGGGACAUGGCAAAGGGAUGGUAUCCACAAGAUACAAAAUACUACUCCAAAACCCCACAAAUCCCCUCGACGCAAUCAAAAAAACAAUGGGGGAAUGUCAAUAGGCUAUGAGAUUAACCCCACCCAAUAGACUAGAAUGUGGUCUAAAACUCCCUUUAAAUCCAUAUCGGCGAAAAGAAAAGAACUCACUCUGAAACUCACAGGUGGUACCUAACACUAUGGAAACUAAUGUUAAUAUGUCCAGGAACCUCACCAAAAUGGUGGAGAGGAUGCACCUCCACAGGCACAUACCUCCACAUGUGGUGGGAAUGUCCUAAAAUCCAACUCUUCUUGACAUCAAUCAUACAAUAAAUAUGCAAGAUAACUAAGCAAAGUAUUAGAAGUCACCCCAGAACUAAGGGAAGAUGGCCCUGGUAAGCAUCUUCCAAAGUAAUAAUGCCCACUCACAUCAUAAAGAGCUCAUAACCCAGCUACUCUCAGCAGCCAGAAGCAUCAUAGACCUGUCAGAAGUUAGCAUGGACCAAUGGUAUCAAAUAGUAUGGGAAACAUCCUUAUUAGGAAAAGCUAACCAAUAAACUGAAACUGACACGGGGAGAAAUAGAAGAAGACGCCUUCACCCCGGUAUGGUUCCCCUUUAUCACAUACAUAGCCCAACAAGACAACGAGGACCCACCAAUAGCAUUCAAAUCAAUAUGGCUAACCUGGUCCAAAAACACACACACACUCCACUCACACAUAAAAACAAAUUUUAUUUAAGCCCAGGGGUCAGCAAACAUUUUCAGCAGGGGGCCGGUCUACUAUCCCUCAGACCUUGUUGGGGGCCAGACUAUAUUUUGGAAAAAAAUAAAUGAACAAAUUCCUAUGCCCCACAAAUAACCCAGAGAUGCAUUUUAAAUAAAAGCACACAUUCUACUCAUGUAAAAACACACUGAUUCCCAGACCAUUCGUGGGCUGGAUUUAGAAGGUGAUUGGGCCGGCUCCGGCCCCCGGGCCUUAGUUUGCUUACCCAUGACUUAAGCCAAUCAAAGACAACCAACCACACCCUAGAGCUAGGCCACUUACAACCUCUCUCACCACCAAAGAAUUACAAGUGAAUCGUAAAGAAAACCCACACAAGUGAUGCUGACACAAAACCCCACACAUACACUAAGUAGAAGAAUAGAAGCAUUGCCACCCCACCCCACUCACAAUUCCCCCUCCCCCUCUUCCCCCUUUUCUUCCUAACCUAACAUUGUGAAGGGGAAAAAACCCACUUUAAAAAAUAUAUAGCCAUAACUCUUUUUUCCAGUUUGGAUGAGGAGGGAGGAGAGGUUUUUUGCCUUGAUGAAAAAGCCCCACUCUGCACUUUAUAAUAAUUAUAAGAGUCGAUAAGACAUUGUGCAGGCUUGGAUAGGUUUUGGGAUAAAGAAGUAUCAGCUGUUUGAGACGUUUCUUCAAUGUAAGAGUGCUGGAAAUUGUGAGUCGUCUUCUUAAGCAGCUGUCUCUCUUGGUCAUUGUUACAAUUUGGCAAUUCUGUAUAAGUCAGCUGAUAGCAAUGAAUAUUUUCUUAAGUAUAAUCAAAACUCUCCUCUUCCAGCUCCAACGAGAAGUCUAGAUCUCUGGAGAGAGAGAAGUCUUGAUGGUGAGACUGUAAACCUCUUUUGGAAGGUAUGUGUUUGGCUGCUGUUGCUUUUAAUUUGUCCUUAAAUUACUGGCUCCCAGACAAUACUGCUUGUUGCUUGCAAACUUUGCUCCUUCUGAGCCAAUUCACACAACUCAUUUUGCAGUGCAAUAUUGGCCAUAAGGUGAACUUUCCCCUCCCAGUCACACGAAAAAUGGUUUUGUAAAAAAAAAAACAACCCACAAUCCACGUGGUAAGAUGGAAAGUUAUGGUAUCAUUAUUGCUGCAUUUAUAGUACUGAAAUUUUGUUAUCUGUAUGCUCUUGCAAUUGUUAUAUGCUGCUGUUUUUAUUAUUGCUGAUGUUAUGAAAUAAUUCUCGCAGUUGUUGAUUUUUGAGUUGAAUUGUUGCUUUGAGCCUAGGUCUUUUGUGUGUGGACACACAAAUAUAGUGUUGGUGGUGGUGAUCCCUGAAGGGGAAGCAUCAUCUUGUGAUAAUGCAUACCUUUGGGAAAGUGGUGGGAUGUCUUCUUCAAGAGCAGCUUUAUUCUACUCUUGUUUUGUGAACUGUCUGACAGCUUUGGAUAAUAAUUUAGUACAGGACCAACCGUUUUGCUUGCCCCUUUUCUGUGUAUUUAUUUAGCCCAGGAGUGGGGAACCUGUGGCCUUCUAGAUGCUGUUGGGGACUACAAAUCCCAUGAUCCCUGUCUGUUGGCCAUGCUGGAAGGCCAUCCCCCACCCCAAUACAGCACGCUUACUCAUGUACACAGUUCCAAUCACAGCACUGCCUGCAGUGUUUUGCCUUCUGCCUCACUUCUGGUUGGGUGGCCAACCUGUGAUCUUGCAGGUCUUAGGCUACAGCUCCCAUCAUCCUUUAACCUUGGCCCUUCUGGCUGGGGCUUCUGGGAUUGGGAGCCCAACAGUAUGUGUCCAGCAUUUUGAGGUCCGCAGGCCACACACGCUGCUGCAGUACUUCCACUUUCAUUGGAUUUGACAGAUUAUGUACAAAACAAAGUUUUACUCCCUCUCGCCCAACGAUCUGCCACACUUUUGCAUGACCAAGAAAGCGUCUCCUGAGAGAGACUAUGCAGGCAAAAUGGGCAGACUUGAUUCUCAAGCUUUGGCAAGUUUGUGGUUGCCACUUGUGGCGGCAUUUCUAAGUGUGCCCCUUUUAGCAACUCCCAUAUCAGUUAAUGCCAACUCGCCCUGUGGGGAAAAGUUAAGCAAGCCAUUCUCUUAACCUGUAGGAGAUAGAGUGACCAAGUUUGGAAAUUAUCUGCUCUUCCCUUUCAUAUAGCACAUGAAAAUAGCAGCACCUUAUAUUGCUUCCAUCCCUAGCAAAUGUCUGAGCAUACUGCCUGGGAGCCAGCCGUAGGACUCAGGAGAGCCAGUGUGGUGUAGUGGUUAAGAGCGGUAGACUCGUAAUCUGGUGAACCGGGUUCGCUUCCCCGCUCCUCCACAUGCAGCUGCUGGGUGACCUUGGGCCAGUCACACUUCUCUGAAGUUUCUCAGCCCCACUCACCUCACAGAGUGUUUGUUGUGAGGGAGGAAGGGAAAGGAGAAUGUUAGCCGCUUUGAGACUCCUUAGGGUAGUGAUAAAGCAGGAUAUCAAAUCCAAACUCUCUCUCUCAGGAUAAAUGCCCUCUUGGUCGUGUCUCCUUGCUAUUGUAUUUGGAGAAGGGUCGUAGAUCAGUGUUAGAGCAUCUGCUUUCCAUGCAGAAAGUCCAGAUUCAAUCUCUGACAUCUCCAGGACAUGCCUCCUGUCUGAAACCCUGGAAAGCUUCUGCCAGUCAGUGCAGACAAAACUGAGAUGGAUGGACCAAUGGUCUGGCUCUGUAGGAGGCAGCUUCUCACGAGCCUUUCUUUGACGGCCGGUUUACUAGAAAUAUAUAAAUGGGUUGCCCAGCAGUCAGUGGGUAAACUGCAACGAGGCCCAGCUUAUAGGGCUGUUUUAAGUACCUUUCUGAAAGUGGCUUUGUGACAGCACGCUUUUCUUGCAUACUUCCUUUUCUAUUUCCCUUGAACCUGCUAUCUCUCUCUUUCUUUUUACAACAGCCACUACCCGUUUCCGACACAAAUGGGUUGAUAGAGGCUUACGAAGUGUCUUGGUCCCUACCAGAGGGGUCCACUUACAACAGGUCGGUUUCUGCACCUGCCAGCAACAUCUCAAUAAAGCUUGGGGAAAAUGAUUGUGCAUUCUCGGUGGUGGCAAAAAACAAGGCUGGCCACUCUCCUCCUUCUCAGAUAAACAGUGCAGAUAUUCCAGUCAGUAAGUAUGAAAUAAAACUCUUUGUCAAUUGUGGUUUCUAUCUGUAUGCCCCAUUUUUUUUGGGGGGGAAUGCAUGAAAUGUGUGUACUUUGUGUACCUAUCUCCUAAUACAGUGGUACCUCGGGUUACAUACACUUCAGGUUACAUACGCUUCAGGCUACAGACUCCGCUAACCCAGAAAUAUUACCUCAGGUUAAGAACUUUGCUUCAGGGUGAGAACAGAAAUCGUGUUCCGGCGGCACGGCAGCAGCAGGAGGCCCCAUUAACUAAAGUGGUGCUUCAGGUUAAGAACAGUUUCAGGUUAAGAACGGACCUCCAGAACGAAUUAAGUACUUAACCUGAGGUACCACUGUAUACUGUUAGGUUCUGAUGGAUUGUUGAACGAUGCUUUGUUUGAUAUAAAUUGUUUUAAAGUUAUUGUGACUUUUUGUAUUGGAUCAAACUGCUACUGUUUCAUCUUUUUAUUGUGUUUUAAUAUGUGUUGGAAGCUGCCAAUUGGGAUGGGGUAACACGCUGGAGAAUAUGUGGUUGAAAUUUAUACGUAUGCCCUUAGGCCCCAUCUGAACUAUACAUUUAAAGCAAUGAAGAAGCCUGGGAACUGUAGUUUAAGGACGCUACGCUGCUGGGAGCUCCCCCCAGUCCCUUUCCAGAACUACAAUUCCCAGAGUGGUUUUUAACAGUCAAUUCUGAAAUUUGCAGCUUCAUGAGGGAAAUAGUAGUCUCCAAACAACUUUCAGCGCUCUUGAACUACAGUUCCCAGGAGUCUUUGGGAAAAGCCAUGGCUGUUUAAAGUGGUAUAAUACUGCUUUAAAUUUAUAGUGCAGGUGGGGCCUUAGUUGUAUUUGUUUAUUGGUUCUAGGGUAGGGGUGAAAAGGUUUGGACUUGCUGGUAUAACUGAAUAUGAUCCAAGAUACACAGUCUUCAUGCUGUUCAAGAUUUCAGGGUUACUUUUUUUGUUGUUCACGCUCAUUGGCUGAACAAGUUGAUGCAACUUUUAUGGAGUUAUGUAAGCACUCUUGGUGAGUAAUACAGACGUCGGCUGCUCCAGGGCAGGCACUUCUGUGGCUCUGACUGAAGCGAGCAGCUGGCAGUUCUUACGCCUCCUCAGACUCUUCUUAGAAAAGAACUUUUUGAAUGACUGGAUGCCUUGCUUUGCGUUACCCGCAGCACAACUCAGUUCUGAGGCAUUGUGAGUCACAGAUCGUAGUCAUGGAGGGUGACUCAUCCGGAAAGCAGCACGAGGAAUAAUAAGCAGGUCCUUUCAGCCUGGGCUCCGUUACAUUCUGCAAAUGCUUUGGAUGCCUGGAAGAGAUAAUAGUGUAUUUGUGUGUUCCUCACCUUGGAAAAGGAUAUUGUAGAGUUGAAAAAGGUUCAGAAAAGGGCAGCCAAAAUUAUCAGGGCGGGGGAGUCGAGCAACCCCCUCUGAGGGGAAAAAAUACAGCAUUUGGGAUUUCUUAGUUUAGAGAACAGUCAAGAAAGAGGUGGCUUGAUAGAGGUUUAUAAAAUUAUGUAUAGCAUGUAGAAAGUUAAUAGAGAUUUUGUAUUUAUUUUUUUUACUAUAAAAAUCUAGUUGUGUUUAGAAUAAUCAUGCGCGUAAUAUAAAAAAUACAAACUGAGACAUUAAGGAAAUCCAAAGGGAAAAUAUGAAGAACAGAGGAUCUGAUGGAACGGAUUAUUAAAAACGCGUGAGGCAAACGGUCUUUUAAAAAAGUCUUUAAAAAAAAGAAUAACACUUUUUAAGGUAGAUAAGGACAAGAUGAAAUUAUACAAUUGAAUAUAAAUAUAGAUGGGAAACGGCUAUGUAUAGUGAAUACUUAUCUACUUUUAAAAUUUUUCACUUAUGAUCCUUUUCUUUUACUACUUUAUUUUUUCUUUGUUCUUUUUUCUGAUAUCUUUCAUUUCACUCCUUUAUUGUGAAUAGCAUUUUAUAGAGGUAUAAAUAACUGUAAAUAUGAGGAGAGGCAAAGUAUUCUCUAAUUUUUUUCCUUGGUUAGAGAUACACAUAGGAGACAUACAGCUCCAGGUUGAUCUGCCAGUUGAUGCUAGAUCUGGCACACCUGCGUAAAGAGAGCCAGGGAUCCAGGCCGCAUAAAUCAUUUCAGUGCAGGCUCUUACAUUCAUCAACCUCUGAUAUUGCAGUGGGUUACAGAUGGCAACAUUCCAAUCGUAGGCCAUUAUUAUGAGGAAGGUGAAAUCGUUUGCUUCAGGUGUGUUUCCUCCUCCUCGUUCCAUACAUUUGGGGAGUUUCUCUCCUUGGGAGAUUUCUUAGCUUCCACCUGGAAUUGUGCACCUGCAAUCGGCAGUUUGUUGCCAAAGUAAAACAUUUAUUCAUUGCAUUUCUCACUCAGCAGUAUUUCUCCUCUGCUGCCCUCCCCCUUUUCUCUGUAGCAAGCCAGCUCAGUUCUAUAUUUGGUAUUUGAUGCUGUUCCAAGUUGAGCAGCUCGUGACUUGGCAGUCGUUCACUACUAGCCCAAGCCAUAUGGGGAGAAAAUGUAAUUAUACAGUUAAUGUAACCCGGAGGUGUUUUUCAUGGAAGAUCUAUUGAUUUCGUUGGACCUGAUUUCUGUUUCAUGCACUUAUAUUGUGAGAGCCACAGUCCAGUUCAUCCAGGCUGAUUUGUCAUGCUGAUUUGGAGAACCUGAUUUUACGCUGCUGUAUCCCAUUGAACUUCUCACAGAACUUAAUCCAAUUAUCAGCAGGUCCUCCAAUGUAAACAGAUUUUAGAUAGACAUGUAUUACCAGUCUAGUGUGCUCUUAAGACUCAAAAACAGUGUCUUGCUUAUCUCUCUCACACUCUCUUACACCGCCACCCAAAGAUCAAUACGAUAUUCCCCAUAAAAUUUUAUUAGAUAUUUUGUGAGGAAAGAUAAAGCUUAAAUCUUUCUAGGAUGUGCUGGCAUGCAAAACUGAGGCUCCUGGUCAAGUCAAUCAGUCUAUUGACCAGUAUUUCUGGAGGUGCUCCAAACUGAACAGCAAAGUUUAGACUGAGAUUACAGAGAUCCCAGGAGCUGGUCUCUCUUAAAUUCUGGUUGUCUUCAAGAGGACAUGAUACUGCACCUCCCAUUACUGCCAGAUGUGUCCAGCUUUCCUUCUGUGGUUGUCUAAGAAGACAAAAGGGACUCCUUGGUAGUGGCAGCCACCCUGUGGAACAGCCUCCCAUCAAUUGUCAAGGAGAUAAAGAACUAUACAAUUUUAGCAGACAUCUGAAGGGCAGCCCUGUAUAGGGAAGUUUUUGAUGUUUUAUUAUGCUUUAUAUUUGUUGGAAGCUGCCCAGCGUGGCUGGGGCAACCCAAUCAAGAUGGGCAGGGUACAAAUAUUAUUAUUAUUAUUAUUAUUAUUAUUAUUAUUAUUAUUAUUAUUAUUAUUAUUAUUUAUUAAUGGGUUAAAGGAAAUAAAUAAUCUUUAUGAGGAAGGAUGAAUGAAGUUGGGAAGACCCGAAUUAAGCAUUGUUUGGAAUUGUUUCUCUUUAACGAGAGCAGUUGGACCAAUUAGGUUCUUUUUAAAAAAUAUUUUUGUUAGGAAUUUCAACAUAACAAUUUAUCAAAAACAUGUCAUCUUCAUUUCCCCCCUAUUUUACCCACCCCAUCCCUAAAAGAAAAACCCACCCUCCCACCCCACCCCCCAGCCUUCCCUCAGCUACUCUCUCUGUUUUUUCAGCACGUGUUAUUCUCUGCAUAUUAUAAAAUUGUAAAGAUCCUUCAUUUAUCUAUCUAUAUGUUACCAAUGAUAAAUUUGUGUAUGUUUAUUCUGGACCAGUUAGGUUCUUCUGUAUUUUUAUAUGUGUAGUUUUAUUGCUUGUGUCUUCAAACAAAUUGGGGGGGGGGGAAUAGGGAAGGCAUUAUGAAAUGCAUUAAGAAGGCCCCAGGAACUAACUUUUGACAUUAUCAAUGUUGCAGGCGAUGCCCCAACAGAGAUCGGAGUUGCCAAAGGAGAUGGUAUUUACGUUGCUUGGGAGCUUGACCCCAACGUCACCUGUGGCUAUACUGUGAGGUGGCGUGAGGGGCCUGAGCCCAGUGCUGCUGUGAGUUGGGAAACGUUUCCAUCAGGCGUGUCAGAUGCUGUGAUCAAAUCUGGUAGGAAAUAACUGCUUAACAUUUGUUUCUGCAAAGAACUGUGCUUGCAUGUGAAAGUGAGAAUCACCAUGAUUUAGGGACAGGGCCAUAGCUGUCAACUGUCCCUUAUUUGGCGGGAAACUCCCUUAUCCCAGCGCCGUGUCCCGCUGCUGUCCCUUAUGGAUGAUGUCCCUUAAAUUUCCUGGGUUUCAAAGGAAGCAGCUCCUCUCCUUCCCUCCCUGCCGGCCAGGGAGGAGGGAGGCACCAACUGUGUUGCUUGGCUGCGUUGCUCACCCAAUAAGGAGUCUAAGAACGACUGGGGGGUGGAGCUUGCAUGCCUUGUGCCAAUCAAAUCGGCCGCGUUGCCUGGGGACUCGCCUUUGCUCAGCGCUUCCCAGCAGAGAGGUGACGGUGGUUUUCCUUGCUGCAUCCCCUUUGCCGGGUUGCUGCGCUGUGGGAACCAUCACUUGAGGCUUUGUUUGGCUGCUGACUGGGCUUUCUGCCUUUGGCUCGGAGCGGCUCAGAAGUUGAACAUACCUGUGCCCGGAAAAUCCCUUAUUUUGGCUGCUGGUCCCUUAUUUUCAAAUCUGUAAGUUGACAGCUAUGGACAGGGCAUGUGUUUGGGACUCUGCUGUUUUUGAGCAGGAGAGUUUACAUUUCAAGCUGCCAUAGCUAGAGCUUCUUCCUGACCCCCCCCCCAUGAUUUUCUGUUUUAUGUAUUCCUAUGUUAAGAUAGAAAUUACCCUUUUAAUGGUAGCUUGCUUGUAAAGUUUGGAUACUUAUCCACAUUUGUCUCAGGAAAGCAUUUUUGUUCUCCAAAUGGAGUUUAUUCCUUGGCUGCAAUUCUUACCUUUUCUUUAAAAUUUGCUUAUUUAUGUAAAAUCUUGAUAAACCACGCUUUCAUGAAAAAAUAUCAGCAUAUGGUAUGCAAUCAAAGAAACACGGUAAAAAGAAAUUUAAAAUGCCAGAUGUAUCUGUAGAAGCUGGUUGGCAAAAGCAUAUUAGGUUUGAAAGCCCUGUCUGAGCAGUACAGUUUUUAGAAGAGAUGUAGAAAUGAUUAGGGAUGAUUCCUGCCAAACUUCUGGAGGCAAGCAGUUCCACAGAACAGGGCCUGCCACACCUUGUUCAAAGCUUGGGAUCUCUGCUUGGUUUAAACUCAAGCAAUCCAGGAUCAAUCUAAUCAUAGUUCUAACUUGGGGGGUGAUGACGACGACUCUUUGUUUGAAUAUCACAGGCAACUCUGUGGAGCUUGAAUGCAGAAGUCAAAGCUUCCAGUCUCCUUGUUUCUGCUACAGAGGCUGAGGUUGGGUGUGUGCAAGCCUUAUGCAUGUAAUUCUAUAAACUGUGGUUUGGCUUUGCAUUUGCAAAUGGUCUGUGUGUCUUUAGAGCUGCUUCUGAACUUUAGUGUGUUGUUUGUGGAGAUCUUAAGAGCCUGUAUCUGAAGGUCAAGGUCAGUUUGUAAAUAAGCAUUUUAUCAUCAUGCUGCCAUCCAUUCACCUGAGGCUUGCUUUUUAGGCUUUAGGUGAGUGAAAUUGGUAUUAUGAUGGUGAUGGAUACCCAGGCAUUGAAUAAAUGACACAUUGGGUAGAGUUGGCCAGCCAGGAAAUAUUGGAGUCACUUAAAGGCUUGUUGCAUAGAAGUGGAUAUUGAUCAUAUUUAUUACAACUGCCCCAAGGUUGGAAUCUUUGGGAGCAUGACUCUUGAUAGGAUGAAGAAUAUGAUGGGUUGGGAUUUACCUUUGAAUCCCUGGAUGGAAAAUCACUUUAUUGAGAAAUGGACACAUUUUGCAAUGUAUCAAAACAUUAAAGUCAUAGCAGGGUUGUUGCAAAUAAAUUAUAAUUUACUUGCUAGUGCCUGAUAAAAUAAUAUAAAUAAGACAAGAAGCAACUCUCAGAUUUGAUUUGGGAAACUGAGACACAUUAUUUUCAUGGUUUUAAGAGUUGAAUUGUGACCAGAUUUAGCCAUAAAGGAGCAACUCCCUGCUUGUAAAGGAUUGAAUGUCUCUAUUUCUUCUCAGAAUGUAGAGCACUGUAAAAUAAGAUAUUUAAUGAUUAUUUUGUCCCACAGAUCUCUUUCAGCCAGGAAUCAGGUACAGAUUUUCUGUCCAUGGCUGCAAAGACAAUGGAUAUCAACUACUGAAGUAUAUAAAUGGCUACACACAAGAGCUGCGUAAGUGCCUUUAAUUUUGCUAAAGGUUAUUCAGAUGCAAGAGAAAAUGUGUUGACACUUCUAGGGUUUAUUGAACCAAAAGAAAAGAGGGAAAUAGGGACAGACUGAAAGUGCAUUAUCUUUGCAAUUAUCUUAGGAAGGUUCAUAGCCUAGUUUUGGAUCAAGACCAACGAGGUGAGUUAGUCAAUUGUGUAAAUAUAUCCUAAGGUGAGUUGCACCAGCAGGAUUGCAACUUUCAAUAUCAGUCUCUCUCCAUUUCUAAUCCCGCCCCCCCGUCUUAAAUUUCUGCAACGUUCCACAUUUCUGCAACAAUUUGCAUUACACAAACUUAAUGAAAAUCUGUACACAUUUCUGUUAACCAGCUCCUUUUUGUAAUUCGUUUUGACUACUAUUCACAUUUUUGCAGUCAAAUUUCCCUAAUAAUAUGCAUUUUUCUCCAAUAUAUGCAGUUCUAUGAACAUUUCCCCCUGUGGUUCAACUGUGUCUGAAAUAACCUUGGGUGUGCAUUACCACGUCAGUUGUUUCUGGAUUGCAUUCCUGUUCCCUUUGUUACUUACAUGAUAGAUUCUCCUGCUGAAGAUGGUUCUCUGGCAUAUCUUCCUAUCUAGAGCACAAGUAGCAAGAGUGCUGUUGCACCCCAGGUCCUACUUUCAGGCUUCCCAUUGGCAUCUGGUUAGUCACUGGGAGAACAAGAUGCUGGAUAACAUGGACCUGUAGUUUGAUCUAGCAGUCUUGCAUUUAUGUCGGGGUAGCCAGUGUCAUGGCCUCCAGGAGUUGGACUACAGCUCUCGUCAGCCCCAGCCUGGAUGGCCAGUGAUGAGGGAAGAUAGUCAAGGGGCUGUCAGGAAUGCAGGCUCAUCCUCAGGUCAGGAAAAGGACUCGAGACACAAAAAUGGAAUCGGUUUUUAUUCACAAAAAUAAAAACACAACAGAGUUCAUGUAGGCUAAUCUGCCCUAGUUGAAGAUGUUGCUGGGACUGACAUCUGGCCCCUCCUUUCCUUUCCAGUAGUCUCUCUCUCUCUCUCUGACUUCUCCUCCCAAGCAGACAUAAACUAUGGCAAGAUGGAGGAAUCCCCUCUGGGCCUGUCUGGCUUGUUCCUCAGCAGCAUGCAAGGCUCUCCGUGAUCUGAGUGUCAGUGGAGAGCUAGCUGGAGGACUGCCCAGCUGUUGGGCAACUGAAGCAGCAUGACCCUAGACACCUAGCCUGGAACGGGUUUCUUCUUCUGAUCCCCUGUGUUCACUCAAACCUCCUGCUUCUGUCACCUCUCAGCUUGUCCCUUCUGCAGACUGGUCCUCAGUGUCCCACCACCACUGUCCUGGGUCUAAGUCUUCUUCCUCUGUGCCAUCCCUUGGGUGGGUGGGUAGGAGUUCUUGGGCUGGUGUCUCAACACCACUCAAUGUCAUCCAGCCAGUCCCAGACAUAGAGGUUGUAGACCCGUUGGCUCGACAAAGUCUCUACAGUAAUGUUUGCAUGUAACACAUCUUUUUGUCAAAACACACCUAUCUCGGGUUUGUUAAAAAAAAAGUUUUCCCUUCCUUCUUGCUUUCCAUCUAGAACCUAGCGCCGCGCCAGUUUUCAAAGUGGAGCGUGCCACCUCAGAUUCCAUCGUCAUAAGAUGGGAGAACAUGUCUGUCGAAGAUUGCCGGGGCUUUUUAAAAGGUUAUCUGCUUCACUUUGGGAAAGGCGACGAAAGCACCACAAAGCCGAAAGCUUUUGAGCCAGGUAAAUGAUGCGUUUUUGACUGUCUCUCACCACUGGCCAAAUGCGCUUCGUUAGAAAUCUCAUCUCAGGCAAGGCAGCAAAGUUCAUUGGCAAAAUAAGGAGGCAGAAAAAUGUUAAUAGCUUGGCUAUCAAUAAACCCUUUCAUGGUUCAAGUUACAAGAAAGGAGAUUCUGAGGAAGAACUUUCUGACAGGAAGAGCUGUUUGACAGUGGAAUAGUCUCCCUCAGGAGGCAGUGGACUCUCCUUCCUUGCGAGGUUGGAUGGCCAUCUGUCAUAUAUGAUCUAGUUAAGAUUUGGUUGGACUAGAUGAUCCUCAGGAUCCAUUCCAACUCAACAAUUCUGUGAUUUUAGCCCCACUGCAAGGUUUGCGAGUGCUUUAUCGUGAGAGGCAGUGCUGUCACAUUUAUUAUCUUAGUUGCCGUGCCAGUUGCACUGCCAAAUCCAAACAUGAUGAUGGUGCUCAAUACGAUCAAGUUAUAAGCGUUCAGCAGGGUAUGUCUGGCUUUGGCAGCGUAACCCUGCCAAAUGUAACUCGUACUCUGGUCUUUGUGUUCUAGUUCAGGGGGCUAUAAAUCACCAGUUUUUGAGUGCAUCCUGUAGCUUAGGGAUACAGUGUCAGAAGAUCAUAGAUGAAAUGAAAGACCUUUGCCUGAGACCCUAGAAAGUACAUAGUGCUGGGCUAGCAUGAUGGAUCAACAAACACUCUGACCUGAUAUAAGUUAGCUCCCCAUGCUCUGACCAAACUCCGAUGUGAUUAUAAUAUGGCACUCACAAACAAAAAGCAAAGUUUUUAAAUAUAAUAAUAAUUUGGCAGAGGGAAGAAAAAACUCAUGAGUGCGAUCAAAACACUAAUAAAUCUGUAUUCCUGUUGGCAGUGUUCAGACCCAACACUAAGCCAUGGUUUGGUUGGUUUUAUACAUCUGAACCUGCCCUGGCCAACUAGCUAUGGUUUGUUUUGGGGCAGCAAACCAUGCUCUGAAGCUAUGGUGUGACAUUAGCUAGUGAAUAUUUUCUUGUGUUAACCAAGGUUUGCCAUUACAGCCGAAACUUCUUUCCUGUCUUAAUCCUAGCUUGUUGUGGUAUGUUGCACUCAACUACAGAGUUAAUAGAAAAUAAAACCUGCUGGUCUCACUGUCAUUUUCCCCAGAACUUGCUCUCUGGUCUCAUUCUGCCUGGAAACAGCCACCCCCCCAAAAAAAACUUCCCACUCACUGAUAAUCUUGUCUGCCUGCAUACCUCAGUAGGAGCCUUGCAACGGGAAUAAUAUUUAAAGGGACCUCAGGACAGCUUAAUUGCAUCUUUCCAGGAAUACUUGUUGAAAACACAGCUUUGCUCUCGGCAACAUGCCCCCUCCCCCGCCAACUGACACAAUAUCACAGAGACCUUGAAAGGAUGUGCACAAUACUGAUCUUUGACCUUCACACUUUAAGUCAUUUUAUGUUACUGGGAAAGUCACUUUCUUGGCUCAGCCGUCUUUAACACCUUGCUGACCAAAAUGUGAUCCUGGAACUUGGUGUGGGGCGGACCGUUCAAACAUAGCCAUUAGGGCUAGGAUUCACUGAAAGCUAUAAAGGUAAAGGUAAACGGACCCCUGACCAUUAGGUCCAGUCGUGACCGACUCUGGGGUUCUGGCACUCAUCUCGCUUUAUUGGCCAAGGGAGCCGGCAUACAGCUUCUGGGUCAUGUGGCCAGCAUGACUAAGCCGCUUCUGGCAAACCAGAGCAGCACACGGAAAUGCCGUUUACCUUCCCGCCAGAGCAGUACCUAUUUAUCUACUUGCACUUUGAUGUGCUUUUGAACUGCUAGGUUGGCAGGAGCAGGGACUGAGCAACGGGAGUUCACCCCGUUGCAGGGAUUCGAACUGUCGACCUUCUGAUCAACAAGUCCCAGGCUCUGUGGUUUAACCCACAGCGCCACCCGCGUCCCUUUUUACUGAAAGCUAUAUUCUCCAUUAAUUUGCUGAAUCCUCUUUUAAAACCACACUGCGUUGGUCACCAUCACUACCUCUUGCGAGAGCAGAUUGCAUUUUUUAAAGAAUGCAUUAUGUGAAGAAGUGCUCUCUUUUGUCUGUCCUGAAUCUUCUAGCAUUCAGAUUUUUUAGUUGUAUGGGACUCUAGCCACACAAUGGCCAACACCACUUGAAAAGGCAACUCAGUUGGGAGUGUGUUGCUGAUGCCCUGAAUACUUGAUCGAUGAUCGUCCCCAAUUAUUCCUACCAAUGCGAUAAAUGAAACAUCUCUGGUGUGCAAGCACAGAAAAGCAAGCACAACCAUCCCAGCUCCUGUAGAACAGGAUGUGCCUGGGAACAAGAAAGAGCCACCUUUGGGAUUCUUUUAGCCCUGCCCUUGAUAGCUGCUUUGUGACUGGGUGUCUUAUGGGAAAUAAACUUAUUUCUGUUUUGGAAAAUAUAGCUGGGAGAAAUCAUUCCCUGCAGAGCUAGAUAACAGCAGCUUGACAGCACAUUUCAAGGUCAACCUAUUUUGCACAGGAAGUGUCUGGUGAUGGGUUCUUUUUUUUUGGGGGGGGGGUAUUUUCCUGUUAGUAUUUACCGUAUUUUUUGCACCAUAACACUCACUUUUUUCCUCCUUAAAAGUAAGGGGAAAUGUCUGUGCGUGUUAUGGAGGGAAUGCCUACGGGUGGCAUGCCUACGGAUUUUCCUCUUCUAAAAACUACGUGCGUGUUAUGGUCGGGUGCGUGUUAUAGAGCGAAAAAUACGGUAGUUCCUCUGUCAAUUUCUAUUGGUAGAAGUGCUCAGAGCUCCUCCUGAAUCUGGAUGUACAGCAGCACCCAACUACCUUUUAAACAUGCUACUUUACUUAGAAUUUUCUAGGGGGGAAUGUUCAAGUACAGCCACAGUCAGUGGUCUUUGCCAAUCUAUCCUCAAAGUCAAUUAUGGUUGCCUAACGCAACAAUGCGGCUUUUCUUGCUGCCCUUUUACAAGAAGGGGUAUCUAUCCUCUGAAUGGAGGGUAGAGUAAGUUUGGCUUUAAACCAUACAGCUUGCAGCAAGAGGAGUGCAGGAAAGGGCUUUGUUUGUUUGUGGCAGGAGGAACACCCAAAGCAGCCUAAUGAAGUCUGAGCAUGCUCAGUGGCCAUGGAUGUGGAGUUUGGGGUUUUUUAAGGGGGGGGGAAUAGAAUGGAAUAUUGUGAAAAGGGGCAAGAUAGUAGUAUUUGAAUAAAUAUAUAUGUGAGGUGAUAGGACUGGAUUGCCUUUUAAUCUAUAUGCAUUUACUCCCUUCCCCUUUGAAAGUUCAUUUUACAAAACAGCAUGUGUGAAUCUGCCCUGUGAUAACUGGUACUUUUCUUAAAAUUCUCCCCCCCAACCCUAAUUCUUUUCUUUCCCCCCUAACACCAGGCCACUCAGAGACCUACAUGAAUAUUACUGACUUAAAGCAAAACACCUUAAAAAUAUCAAGCCUUCAAGGGAAAACAAACUACCAUCUGAAUUUAAGAGCCUACACAGCUGGUGGAGUUGGCCCCCCAAGCAGCUUGUCUGUGGUUACAAAGGAGAAUUGUAAGUUUUUUGGGGUGAAGGAGGGUGUAUUUUGUUGGGGAUCUUUUUGCGGGGGAGUGGCAUCGUUUUGGGGUGGCAUAUUUAAUUCUCGCCAGAUAAUGGCGGAAUGCACAAUGAACCCCUCUCAAAUUCCUGAAUAACCCUCAAAGAUUAUCGGUGGUGGUGUUCAGGCACCACUGGUGUAGAUAACACUUUGCAGGAUUUCAGAAGCAAAUGUUGGGUGGGUCCCUGCCCCAUGGACCUUACUGAGUUUAUGGUCAGUGAGGGAGGGCGGGUAGAGAUCAGAGUGUGCAUAUGAUUGGCUGCAGCAUAUGGGGGUGAAGAUUAAGCCAAAAUUCUGCAGAACAGGAGGUUCUUGAGGGUUUUUAAGGUGGUGUACAAAAAAUCACCAUCACAUGCACAAUAAGUUUGCAAUUCAGGAUAGAAUGACAGGUGCUUGGACAAAGGCAAACAUGUUUAAAAGAAACUGGUAAUAGCAAAGGUCUUGCAACCCUGACUCCGGGGUCGCCCACACUUCUGCUUCUCCCAUGCUUUCAAGGUAAAGGUCUGAGCAAUUUUACCUUUGCCCCAUCAACUUUCCCCUGGAAAACCUGCUCUUUAGUGCUAAAUCAGAACAAACAGCAAUCCGUGGGAAACCGAGUGGCUGUUUGUUUCGAUUCAGCUCUAUGCCAUGGGUUUUCUAGGGGGAAAUCGGCAUGGCAAAUGGAUGUGGGGCUGAGCCUUGAGAAUAAUGCAGUAGUUCAUUGUGGGUUUGUUUUUAGUGCACAGGCAGCAGGAGCAAAAUUGUGCCGCUUCCCAUCAAUCUCUUCUAUUUCCAAUAAGCAAUGUCUAAUGGGAGGCCAGCCAUUUCCUGGAAGCCUGCUUUACUAUAUUACAAGCCACCCACCGCCAGAAGCCUGUAACUUGAUCCUGGGUCACUAAGAACCACUGCUGGUUACUUGAAUUAUUUCUGCUUUGCUAGUCCCCUCCACCCCAAGUGCAGUCCAUGAAAGCUGCUUCUGUAUUUAUUUAUUUUUAAAUUAUUUCAGGUGCAGCAGGACUGUUAGUUGAUUGUAUUAGCUUUUCUCUCUCUUAAUUUUUCAGCUGUGGGAUUAAUCAUUGCCAUCCUUGUCCCAGUAAUUAUUGUUAUUGUGUUGGGAGUGGUGACCAGCAUCCUUUGCUACAGGAAGAGAGAAUGGUAACUAUUUUUUGUGAUCACGUCUUUUUAAUUGUAAGCUUUGUAUCUGUUUUUAAUGUUGUAAUUCUAAAUGGCUCGUGACCUGCCCUGGGCCCUUAGAGUGAAGUGUGAGUAAUGUGUUAAAAUAACAAUAACAACAAUAAUAAUUAAUAUUUGGUAUUCAGCAAACUUUAUUUUCUUGUCAAACAAGGAUAGGCCGCAGUUCUGCUUUUUUGUUUGGGUGAUGCUAUCUGUUCUACACUAUUAAUAAACCUCAAAUUUUGGGGGAGUGAGUUUCAAAUUAAAGGUUCUUUUUUUAAUAAGUGGAAUAUUAGUCUGUAAACACUGUAAACGGCCCUGUGAUCUGUUAGCCCUUAAUGCUAAACUGCUACACCAGGGGUGGAAGACAUUUUUAGCCAAAGGGCCUCAAUCCAGGGGUGUUCUUUCAGUGAUGUACAGAACAAGAGGGAAAAAUAAUGAUGAUGAUUGAGGCAAAAGGCCAACUGAGAGACACGGUCUAUAGAGAGGGGUGCAGAAUCCACAUCCUACUCUGAAGUAAAUUAAGAAAAUGUAAGGGUGUGUGUGGCUCUCUACACAUAUUGAAGCCCAUGUUUGUGGGAGCAGAGGAAACGCCUUACAUGUAACUAAAUUAUAUGCUGGCUUUUUUCCUAUUUCCUUUUGCAAUGUGGUGUUGGAUGCUACGGCAUAUAAAAGCCAAGACGCUGCUUGAAUAUGACCCACACAAUACUGUAGAACAGGGCUGUAAAACCUCUGGCUUGUGCAGCAAAUGCGGACCUCCAUGUUCUUGACUGGCCGUGCUCUGAUAAUGAUGAAUCCUCUUGCUUGCCUCGAUUUGUGCAGUGUGUGUGUGUGCCUCUGAUUUCAGCAAGAUUAGAAUAUAGCCUGUUGUACAAAAGGCAGGUGUCCCGACUCUUCCCCUUUUUGCUUCUAUGCCCCGGCCCCGCACUAGCAUACGGCCUCCAGAAUGUUUACCCUGUGGGAAUGUGGCCCUCAAGCUAAUAAGCAUCCCCUCCCCCAACAGCUUCUCAGAGAUUCCUGACAUUAACACCUGUUUUCCUCUUUCCAAAGGAUUAAAGAAACCUUCUAUCCCGACAUUCCAAAUCCAGAAAACUGCAAAGCUUUAGAGUUCCCGAAGGAUCCUGAGGUAACCUUACACAUUUUACUAUUGACUGAUUAGAUGUUUAGCACAUAGAUUCAUAGAAUUGUUGAGUUGCAAGGGAACCCGAGAGUCAUCUAUUCCCAGCUCCCUGUGAUGCAGGAAUCUCAGCUAAAGCAUCCAUGACCAUUGGUCAUCCAACCUCUGCUUAAAAACCUCCAAGGAAGGAGAGUCCACCAGCUUUUGUGGGAGUCCAUCCCCACCUGAAAAGAUGGGCCCAGUUCUAACAAAGAGUUACUGGAUAUUCUCACCCAAAUGUUGGAUGAAUUUUCAUGAGGACUUAAAGAACCCCAGACCGGUGCAGAAAUGUGGGGAACUGAAUUGAAGGCUGGUGAAAUUCUAAACUGAAACCAAAAUAGACAGAUUUCACCCAUCCCUGGUUUGGAUCCAGAUCCUCCCAGCCUAGGGCUGCCCUGUGUGAAAUAUAGAAAGGCAGUGAUUGUUGGAGAAAGUUGUAUUGUUUUUAAGGUCUCUCUCAUUUUUAUGAGAUAUUGCGAAGCAACACCUUCGAUUUACAGCCUAAGCAGCUUGUUUUUAGGGAGGAGGUGGCAGAGUUUAUGACUGUAUGGGUUACAUUAAAAGUACCUUACUUUCUUAUUCUUUUAAGAGUUUUUAGUAGCAUUUUUUAUUUUUGUUUUUGUCACCUGCCGUCAACCUUUGGAGAGAAAGGAACAGGGCUGGUAAUUGGUGAUGUGAGAUUCACAGUAUUUAGUUAGCUUUUGUGCAAGACUGAAAUCAGGGGCAGGCAGGGAGGGGACUGGUUCUCACUGGUCAAUCACUGGGGGAAAAGGAUACAGGAUUAAAUGAGCCAUUUGUCUGAUCCAGCAAGCUCUGCUUAUGUUCUUAAUGCUGAUGGCUAUGAAUUAGAAAUAUUCAUAGGAACAAUCUGUAUAUGAACAGGUUAUUUGAAUAACAAAAUAGAGAGUUUUCAAAAUUAGGUUCUGUGAUUUCCCUCCCUAACCCAGAAGAAUCCAGUUCCUUUAAACUUGCAAAUGCUAAACGUUCUUUGCUUUGUUUUCCAAUUUAUAGGGAAACCCCAAUUCCAAAACCCUGGAGAUGAAUCCCUGCACCCCCAACAACAUUGAAGUUGUUGAAACACACUCCCCUUGCCUGAAGAUUGAAGAUACAGCCAUUACAUCGCCUGUAGCAGAUGAGCUUCCAGAAGAUGGCGUUGACUCUGACACGGAGAGCCACAUUGUCGUCUCUUACUGCCCGCCAAUCAUCGAGGAGGAGAUCUCUAACCCACCAAUCGACGAAUCGGCGGGGUCUUCCCAAGUUGUCUACAUUGACAUCCAGACUAUGUACCCAGCUCCAGUGAAGCUGAAGGAAGAACCAGAAGUUGACUGUGUGGCGGCAGCAGGCUAUAAACCCCAAAUGCAGCUGCCGGUGAAUAGCUUAAUAAAAAUGGAGAACUCGUCGUCCGUCGAAGAGGACUUGGACAAGGCUGCAGGCUACAGACCUCAAGUGACUACUUCCUCCUGGAAUACAGACUGCCCAGAUUCUCCUGCAUCAACUGGGAGCAACAAUGAAAACACCUCCUUUGGGAGCCCUUGCUCCAUUAAUUCUCGGCAGUUUUUGAUCCCACCCAAAGAGGACGAAGACUCCCCCAAAGCCACCAACACAGGGUGGUCCUUUGCUAACUUCUUUCACAACAAACCAAAUGCUUAGCAGCCUUGAGGUGGUAACAAGUUGCUCUGGAAAGCAGAAAUUGCUGCAGAAAUUGCUUAUCAGCCUUGGAGACACUAUACUGGAGGGUUUAUAAUGUCAUUCGCUGAAAUUGAAUGCUGGCCUUGUUUUAUGCUAACAGUGGAAGUGGCAAUAUUUGUUUCAGGCGACAGAGAUGCUAAUUUAUUGUGCCCCAAUGGGGGAACAGGUGCUCUGAGGUAACCCUUUAUGAAACCAAAGAGUAGCAGAAGGUCUGUAUCUGUUGGGGGAGGGGCAGUCCCCUCCUCAAAUCUGCCUUGUCAACAGAGCAUGGCACUCUCCUUUUGCGACUGUUUUUUUCUGGUUUUCCAUUUUGAAUAGCAGGGAGAAAUUAUUACAAAAAUCACGCACUUGGAUUGUUAGGCUUUUAAAGGCAUUGACGCACAUCAGGUAUGUGCAGGAUUAGGGCCUUGCUGCUUCGUCAAAGGUAUAUAUUUUUUCUUUUUUAAUCCGUUUUUCUAUGAUUCUGUGCAACCAAACACUACAGUACCCAAACACUACCAUUUUGCAGUUGCUGGCAGUUUGAAGGCUCUGUUCCUCAACCUGCUCUGUAGAAGCACCUUACUGCUUUCAGGCACAGCAUUCCCUUUGACUUCUAUGGGACUUAAACCGGUUUGUGUGGAAGAGCUCCAUCUUCAAACAGCUGAUCAGCCAUGGCUACAGCUGAUCUGUGGGGUGGCUGAGUUUGACAAGCCAGGACACGAGUUCCUGUACCUACUGUAUAAACCAAUUUGCAAUAGAUGACUCAGGGGUGCAAAAACAAAAAGUGUAACACUGAUUUUAAAAUCUCAGUCAGGAAUAGAUAAAUGUGUGAAGCUUCCAGCUUUUUAAGCAAUGUUUUUUAAUAUAAAAUCAUCUUGACCUCAAGUAGUCAUGCUAGGCAGGAAUCCACCUCCCUGACAUGCUAUUUUUUCUUUUCUGUGGGGGCCUUUUUUCGGUUUCUUUCUUGAGGACCAUCCAGUCAUGUCAUCCCCCUCCUGCAACCUGAAGUGCAGGGUGAAGUCACCAUUUUUGCAGAGGCAGAUUUACCAUCCUGGGUCUUGGGUCUUUAGCUUUCGUCUUCCAAAGCUCUUCCCCUGCUUGAGCACCGAAAUCAUAAUCAGGGCAAACUCGAGAACAGUUUUCCGUCCAUCAUAUCUGUGGGAAACUGUUACUCAUGGGGGAGUGGCCACCUGUGAAUACGUUUGCAUGUGUAUUGCAAUGAAUCCAUUUCCAUGCAAUACAUUUCAUGCAUGAAUACAAUUUUUUUUUCAUGCAUGGUUAUGUUUCCAUGCAAAUGGAGUUUUCCUCUCCUGAAUUUAUUUGCAAAUAAUUGCCCAGAAAACAAGUGGGGAGGAUGUCUCGUUUUGUAUACGUAUACUCUGGAAUUUGCACAUUGAAGCUCUUCUUUCAAACCACAACAUAUUUCCCCCCUUAAAGCAAAGCUAAAUCAGAUCCUUGCAUUUACAGUAUAUUUCUUGCUCAUGCAAGUCUAUAAUUACACACUACUUAUGGAAGUGGCAUUUACAUAUACAUAGAAUAUAUAUAUGUUUGUGGUCUAUAAACUUAUUUCAGAUGUCCUCAUUGGCAACUGCCUGUUGAACAUUUUGUAUGUAGCAAAUUCUUUAGCAAUCGAGUCAAGGGACCAAUGUAAUAGGCCUGCUCUGAGCUACUGAAGCCUACAUGUUAGGUCGACUGAUGGGGAUUUUUCAUGGAAUGGUCCUGAGUUUUCCAGCUGCUUUGAAAUAAUUUGAAAUAAUUCAGGUCUAUUAUAUUUCGAAUGUCCAUUUUAAGUGCAAAAUUUGGUGGAGGGGCUUUAUAGGUUUGGUUCACUGUUGUGAGAAGGAAGUCACACUUGUAGAGUGCCUUUUCAAUAUGGAGGAGUCUUCCUUUAUUACUUUUGGUAACUGGGACCUCCCCCCCCCCCGACACAUACACACAAAAACACAAGGGUGUUUCUAGUAUUAAUCACUAUCCCUUUUUUUUCCCACAUGGCAAUAGUGCUCGUCCCUCAGGUGCUAAACACAGUAGUCUUGUUUACCCUAUUUUCAAGGACUGUAAAUAGGCUGUAACGUUGGCUAGUCGGGACACCAAACAUUCCUUAAAAUCUAGACGGGGGUGUGUGUGGCGCUGAUGGGUUUUUUUAAAUUAGCAGAGUGCCUUUUAUUUUCUUAAGCUGCUUUUUCAAGGCUUUCCCCUCAGGAAUUAGAUUUGGUUUCUUCUGAUCCCUGGCAUGUGGUAAAACAAUAUGUCUUGUAUGAGGUUGUUUGUAUCAUCCUGCAAAGUGUUACAAGAGAAUUUUGACCACACAUUUGCUGCAUUUCUGUGGUAAAACAUGUGGUGCAAUGGCAGCCUGUUAUCCACCAGUGUGAGAUUACCAUGUGGAUUUGUUUUGGUCCGUUAAGUGGAUAGGAGUGACUUCUUUCCAGCUGAAUAUCAUGGUAGUAUUCCCCCUCCAACAUCCUGUCCCACCCUCAAUUUUGUAAUUGUCUCAUAUCAAGAAGUAGUCCAUUGCAGCAUAUCGGAGAUCUUGAAAUGCAGAAACACAUCAGAAAAAUGCCCUGAAACAUGUAGUAACUGCAAAACCACAAACUGAACUAAAACUUUUUGGAACAACAUAUUGUUGGGUAAAUAAUGCAUGUGGUGUUUUCUUUCUUUCUUUUAAAUCGGCGUCCCUGAAUUUUGCACUGAGCUUUCAUCUGCAAAGCUACCCUGUUUUCCCAUUCUGCUGCUUCUCCAGUACCAUUUUGGUUUUCCCUCACAAUGCAAUUCUAGUCUAUCAGGGUUUAGAUAGCAAGCUGGAAUGGUGAGGUGCUACAUACAGGCUAGCCUAUCAGGGUUUAGACACUACACUACAUAGCCAAUUGGAUGUGCUUAUUAUGUGGCGUUGCCACUAGGGCAAACAAGCAGCAUUGCCCUUGCUCACUCGCAUCCUUUUCCCAUGCUGCACCCUGAUAGUGCUUUCAACUAGAUGUGACACGUCAUGUGAAUGCCAGCCAUUAAUGUGCAUGAAGUUUGUUAUGUAACAAGCAGCCCUGGGGGAAACCUGAGCUGCCUAAGAAUAAGCGGUUGGGAAAGGGAAGUAUAACGCUUCCUCUCCCUGCCAGAAUCCCAACAAGGCCCUCCUUGUUAUAGGCACCUGUAGGUUAGGAAGUCUGCUUCUGUGUUUCUUGUGAAGGCUGAGGCCUUAAUUAUCUUGUGCUUUCUGCCCUUAAAAGUGAAAGAUUAGCUUGAGUGGUUUUCUAGUGUCUGGAGUAUGUUUCAUAUAGGUUCAUAUGCAGUUCUGAGAAGUAUUUCUGAGGCCGGAGGUGUGGCACCUAUUUCAGAAGGCGGGGGAAAUUAAAGAGUCUGAUCCCCCUUUUCGUUUUAACAUUUUAAACCUUUUUGUCCUGUUUAGUAUAUAGUGUUCAUUUUGUUCUGGAGGGUUCCUUCCUUUUGCUUUUAAUUUGAGCCAUAUGUUUUUAAUACUUUUUUUUUUGUUAUUUUGUUUUUAAGAGCAGAAUUUUUGAAGGGCAUCAUGGCAUUUAAGUCAUAUUUGUUGUUUUGUGCUGACUGAAUGGGAGGAAAGGGACUGUGAAUCCUUCUGUGUGUGUGUGUGUGUUGUAUGUGUGUGAGAGAGAUGGCACUUUUGAAGUGUUGUAGGAUGUACUUUUUUUUUUUAGAACUUUUGCAUACAAUAUACCUCAUAAACAAGAUUUUUUGCCGGCUUCCUCAACCUGUUGCUUUCCAGCUGCUUUGCACCACAACAACUACCAUUGGCCCUAGUGGCUGAUGCGAGUUGUAUGCAAGGCCUUCAGGAGGGCAUCAGGUUGAGGAAACCUGAUUUAGCAGAUAAGAGUAAGCUAUAAUGCUGAAAACAUAGUAGUGGUUUCUUUUCACCCUUUGAAUCACUUUCUUCCCUUUAUGUGAAGAUCUUGGAAUAAUUUUGCUGCGUGGCAAUUCCAUCCAGUGGUGACUAUGCAAGAGGAGUGGGCAGGUGGAUUCUUCCCUAAAAUGCUUGCAAAGUGCGGCUCUUGUCAGGGGGAGCAGCAGGGACAACACCAGUGUGUAUUUAUAUCUCCAUUUGGGUGCCCAUUAUUGUCUUUUAGAGUACACUGCCCAAAGCAGUUGGGAAGGGAUUAGAGUGUUUCUGAUGCCUGAUGUCAAAAAGCUGCUAUCCCCUGCCUGUCAGUAGCAUGGGGCACUGUGGGCGACUAGCACAAGCCGUCAAUUUCCAUGGCAGACAACUAGGUAUUUGCUGGCUAGGAGGGAGCAUCUGAAGGGGAAAGGCGCUUAUGUCUUGCUGCUCUAGAAUGCUUCCUGUAAUCCAGCAUGACUGCUGAAGUGCAAAACAAAGUAUGUGGAAGCUACUGUAGAGGAACACCCAAAGAUCCGUCAUGACUUGUCUCUGAAAAGCUUUUUCUCGUAUGAAAGGGAAAUGGGCAGGAGGUUGGGGCUGCCUGCUGUUUUGGAAAAGCCCUGCUUGAAAUACUUGAUUUUCCCCUAAAGGACUCUGCUUGGCAGCCUCCAUUUAUUUCAGUAGGGCUUGUGCAAUUGUACUUAAGAGGGUUCAGCAGGAAUGUGCCUCUAGCCCUUCAAGCUACUAAAGGUUAAUGGGCUCCUCGUGAUCUAGGGGUCUGGCCCAACCCGAGCAAAAUGUUGCACCCACCUGUCCUCCCUAUACCAGUGUUGUCUCGGUCCUUCCCCCCGUUUAAACCCCAAAUUUAAAGGAGGGAAAGGCCUUAGGUUGUAUGCACAAAUUUCAGUUGUGCUGUGCACUGAGAGACCCCGCACUUGCUGUUUAUAGAUUGUGGCUGUGGGUUAUCUGGGCUGCAAGUUAAGAUGUAGGGACCUGGAAAAGAACUGUCUGAAGAGGGAGCAGUGGUGUUCAAACCACAGUUCAAAGAUCAGCAGUGACAGCCCAUCUUAUCUGAAGAUCCACUACUGAUCUUACAGGUGAUGUGCAUAUGCAGAGUUGUUUUGUUAUUUUAGGGGGCACUCUUAGUUCACAUGGGGCAAUGCCAAACAGGUGCUGUGCGCUGGAUGGUCCAAGCGCACAUCCAUGCAUUAAAAUGUGCUGUAAGAUCCUCUGAGGGGCUCAGCGGAAUUGCUCAGCAGACCUGUUGGCGUGGAGUGUGUUUCUUAAUGGGUAGGAUGCUUGCAAACCACUGACUUGCACUGAUUUUGACAGAACCACACCGCUGUGGCUGGUUUGUGAAUUGUCCCCUCUGUGUAUAGUAGAGGGCGGAAAGAAUUUUCCACAUGGCUGUGUGGUCUCCUUUAGGCCUUCAUUGUGAAUGUGAAAUCUCCUGCAGUGAGAUGAAGCAUAGACUCGAAGGAAGUAAGGAUGGGGAGUUGUGUUGGGUGGGAGCAUAAAUGGGGUUAGGGGAGGGACUUUGUAAGUAAAGCCGUUACUUGUAUGAUAUAUGCUGUGUUUUUAUAGUUCAGUACAUUAUGAUGGUUUUUAUUAAAAGUGUACAUAGCAUAUUAAAUGGAUAAUGUGUAAUAGAUGUGAAGCUAAUCUCAAUACUUUUUAAAAUAUUAAAUGAGCAUUAUAAUAUUGAACUGACUGGAAGACUGAACCAUUGCCUGCGUUUUAAUUCCUAUGCAACCAGUUUGCCCUAACUUAGCCUUGCUUCCUAUCUUUGUACUUUGGAUUGCUGAAUUUGGUGAUUUGAAGCCAAAACAGCUCAGGUAUUGUUGUGUCUCUUAAGCAAACCUAUGUGAUGUAUGCAAAUGAAUGUACUUAUGUUGUGCAUAUUUAAAUCUCGGGGAUGUCUUUUUGAGACUACUUUCAAUCUCACACAGUGCCCUUGGAAUUUAGAAAUAUUGCGCACCAGUGAAAGGAGGGCGUGCUUACUUUGGGAAAGCUGCAAAAUUUGAAGUGCAUGAGUGAAAACCCAGCCAUUCUGUGAUAAAAGUGCAUCCAUUCCAAAGCCAAUAAACCUCCUUGGGGUUAGGGGGACUUUGUAGUAAUGAACAUCUUGAGUAUUUGCGCAAAGCAAGCCUGGGAAAGGGCAAUGUUUCCUCCCCUAAACAUCCAAAUGAUAGAAACAGUACUUUAGCAGCUAAAUAUUUAGCUUUGGUGAAAUUUCCCAAGUAGGCAACUUUAGUGGAGGAACACAACUGGGGAGGAGGGAGUGGCAAAGUUUAAGUGAUAUAGUAUUGAUAUACUGACUUUAGCAUGAACAUAAAUGGCAAUGUACUGCUUAUGCCUGUAAUAUGCAUGUAUUAAGAAUUUGGCAGAAUACUGUCAUGGAGUUAAAUAAAUGUGUAUUUUCUUACUCUUCAGAA